AUGGCGUCCAAAGUAACAGAUGCUAUAGUCUGGUACCAGAAAAAGGUAAGCAAUGAUUUAUCUAAAAAAAGAGAGCUUCACUUUGGUUUGGUAUUUAGCUAGUACUGCUUGUAAUUGUUAAGAGUGCUUGCUUGCCUCCUUCUAUAUCUGCUUAUGCUCUGCCAUGCGUCCUCCCCCAGAGUCUUUUCGCUCCUACAUCGCCCACUGUCUCAUCAUCUAUAUUUUCUCCUCAGAGACUGGGAAUUCUGAAAAGGCAAGAGAAGAAGGAGCUUGCCUUGCAUUUUAGCCUUACUCAAGAGUAAGGGUGUAUUUUCAGCCAUAGGGAAGAUGCAAAGGAAUAGGGGGAAGGCAUCCUUGAAAAGUUACUGUGAUGCAGUACUUAAACAGAGCUGCUCUAUUGAAGCUCUGUGCUGUGCUCUCUGCUUUAUAACAUUAGAAAAAGUUUGUCCUUAAGUUUAGAAAGAAGUGAGAGAGCCACCCGUUCAGUCCUUAUAGACCUUGCAAAAGACAGACGAGAAUGGACAAUUAAGAGAGCAUUUUUUCCUAUCUUCCCCCACCCCAUGGUUUCUGACAAAAUGGCUGCUGUGAACCAGCAAAAUGCAAAAAGGCAGGCUUUUUUAUGGCUGCUAAUAGGUUUACAGUACUACAUGCAGAUCUGGAAAUCUGAAUCUGUAGUGUGUAUAGUGAAGUUUGAGUACUACCGUAUUUUUCGCCCUAUAGGACGCACCGGCCCAUAGGACGCACCUAGAUUUUUUUUGGGGGGGGGAAUAAAGGGAAAAAAAUUAUUCCCCUCCCAGGCGCGGGGCUGGGGGUGGGGGAAGCCCGAGCUUCCCCCAGCCCCCAGAACGGGUCCGAGAGCGAUGGGGAAGGUGCACGCACCUUCGCCAUCGCCCGAGCUGCGGGCUGGGGCGGGGCCGAGCUCUCGACCCCAGCCCCAGGCGGGUCCGAGCACUGGCGAGGUGGCGCACCUGCCAUCGCUCCGGGCUUGCCGAGCUGGGAGAUGCUCUGAGCCUGGAGGCGAGAGGCGUCGGUGCGCACCGACCCCUCUCGCUCUCCAGGCUUCAGCGAAAGCCUGCAUUCGCCCCAUAGGACGCACACACAUUUCCCCUUCAUUUUUGGAGGGGAAAAAGUGCGUCCUAUCGGGCGAAAAAUACGGUAAUUCCUCAUGUUUGGAUAAGUGAAUUUUCGUAUAAUGAACAUUUGGAUAGGAGGACCUGCCCUUUCAAGCACAGUUUUGCAGCAGUAGCUGCCUAUUCUCUCUCUAUACUGUUUCCCCUGGUUGUUGCCACUUCUCACACCCCCAAGUUAUUCAACAUUAUGUGGCCCUUUGAGCAUGCUUAGUCCUCAUUGAACUGUUUUCAGUUUCCCCAUUUAGGUAUUUUCCCUAAAUAGUUUUUGUACUUCUGGAAACAAUGGGGUUGCUCUGAACCUGAUAGCACUUCCCUCUUGCCUAUACAUGGUGCUCUUUUGGUUACAUCAGAAUCUACACUUGAAGGAGGAGUAUACUCUUAGUAUAUAUGAUACCAACCAUACUUUUUGUUUUGAUCCAUACUCAGUAAUUGGACAACAUAAUGUAUAUCCAUGCAGUUACAGAUUUCAAAGAUAUAUUGUUAUUGUCACUUGUAAUGUUACUGAAUUUCAGUUUAAUAUAAUGAUAAAUAUAAUGAUAUAUUGUUAUUGUCACUUGUAAUGUUACUGAAUUUCAGUUUAAAAUAAUGAUAAAGCAGAAAGACCAAUCUUGGUUAUAAAAAGAGCUGAAUUGUUUAAUCUUUAUUGCGGUUUGGUUAUAUAAAAAUAUUUUGUGUAUGUCUUACAUUAAGAUUUCAUGAGUGGCAGCCACUUUAUUUAUUUAGAAACUGGUUCUCUACACAGUUGGUCUUGGAGGGGGCCGAAAUAUAUUUAAAGCUUAAAUGUGGACACUUUUGUACGGUAUGUGGGGAAAUGCAACUGAAAAAUCAGUGAUAAAUAAGCUAAGAUUUUAUCCUCUCUUUUUGUAACUAAAAUAACUUUUCAUGAGUAUGAAGCAAGAUUAUUCUAAGGUGAUAAUGCAUCUGUUACAUCUGUGAGCAAAUAACUCAUACAGUGGUGCCUCAGGUUACAUAUGAUUCAGGUUACAUACACUUCAGGUUACAGACUCCGCUAACCCAGAAAUAGUGCUUCAGGUUAAGAACUUUGCUUCAGGAUGAGAACAGAAAUCAUGCUCCGGCGGCACAGCGGCAGCAGGAGGCCCCAUUAGCUAAAGUGGUGCUUUAGGUUAAGAACAGUUCCAGGUUAAGAACAGACCUCCAGAACGAAUUAAGUUUUUAACCCGAGGUACCACUGUAUUCUCUGAGAUGUGGAGGGGAGGAAAAAGGAAAACUGGGACAUUCUUGGAUCAAAUCAGAAACCGGGAUGGCUUCUGUAAUUCAAAUUAAGUACUUAACCUGAGGUACCAUUGUAUAGGUAGCACAUCUCUAGUGUUGUCUAUACUAAAGGCAGUGAGUUCUCACUGAAGCUUUGAUCAUCACAUCAGAUGCUUCUAAGAAGCCCAGCAGCAGAACAUAAGCAGUGGUCUUCUCCUACUGUUGGUCCCCAGCAACUAGCUGUCAGAGGUAUGAUACCUCUGAUCCUGGAGAGUUAAUAUAUAGUUAUCAUGACUAGCAGCCAUUUACAGCUUUCUCAGGGGAAAUGUGCUGCAAGGAAGGGAGGUGAUGGGAACAGAUGUGCAUAUUUAGUUUAUCGCAUUGUCUUCAUGAACGUUGUAGCCCAAGGGUAGGCUAGCAGGUCUAAGCAAUAAAUGUGAUUGAUGACAACCAUUGCUGUAGAACAUGGCACAAUUAGGAGUGUCCUGGAGCUUUAAAAUGGAGCAUACCAAACAUUUUGAUGUUUCCUGCUUAUAAAUCUUUGUGAGUUCUCAAACCUCAACAACCGUUUAAGCCUCCUCAAGGGUGAGGAUUAUCUGAAAACACAUGUUUUCCCCUUGAGUCAUGAGAGGGGCAGAUCAAAACAAAAGAACAGUGCCACAGCAUUUUCUUUUUUUAGGUUGGAAUGGAUCACAGAGAAUCAGGAAGUUAGCAAAAGGUAGAUGGUUGCCCCAUUGAACUCCAACAAUGAUACUAAGCAUUGCAUUGCAUUUUGCGUGGAAGGAAACAGAGAUUUUUAAAAUAUGUGUUCUCAUUUUUUAUUUUUAUGUUGUGAACGUCCCUGUGAUCUUCAGAUGAAGGGCAGCACACAAAUUUAAUGAAUAAUAAUAGUAAAUAUAUGGGUUGUUGUCGUCGUUGUCGUCGUUUGCACCACUCUUCUGCUUGGUGUAAUUAAGGUAAACACAGAAGGGGAGGGAAAGUCAUAAAAAUUUACACAAUUUCUGCUUUUGAGUUUUUAGAAAGGCAGUACAAAGACAAGUUUUUUAAAAACAUGUUAAGGAGCUGAGCAGCCUCUUAGUCAUCACCAAGUAUUCCAUAAUGUUGACUCAUGUUAAGGUCAUUGAGCAUUACUUAAGGUGAGUGGAUGUUAAGUAAGGACUUGCGUGCUUGCAUUUUGUGGAUACACCCCAAUGAACAUUAGACUUCCUUAGGAAUUCAGUUUAUUGUGACUUGGAUCUAAAAGUAUCUUGUGUGAGUUGAAAGGCAUUUGUGCAAAGGAAGUCUACCAAAUUCUCCCAACUUCCCUGUCCUGUCAAUUUCAUUGUUUUGCAUGGGACAAUGACAAUAAAGAUAUCGUAUUGUCCUGCUUCUGCAACACAGUAUCAUUUUAGUAGAUCCCUUGACCCUCAAGAAUGGUUUAUUGGGGAGCAGGAGACUGUGGUGAUGAGGAGCCAGGAAAAAGUCCCAUUCCAUGAGCACAGUUCCAUUCACUUCUCUGAUUAGGCCUAUGAUGUGAAAGGAGCAGUCUUAACAAGAGUCUAACCUAUUUGUUCAUCUAUAUGCACAAUUGCAUGGAAUGCUCCUAUGUACACACAGGUCCCCCUAUUGGAACACUUGUUACCUGAAAUCUGUUAUCUGAACACAAGGAAUUAUACCCUAACCUCUCUACAUGAACAGCUGAUUCAGAUAUUUGAACAGUUUGCACUUCCUUAGUUGUUUUUGUUUUGCUGGUCAGUACCAGCCAUUUCAGGCAAAAACCAUGGAGGGAGGGAGAAAUAACAGACAAAUCGGGGAGCAGGAGAGAAUUGCCAAAUAAGUAUUUCCUUUGUUUUGCUGUUGCUGAUUGGCUGCCGAGAGAAUGGGCAAAUCAUGGAUUGGAAAUGUUCAUAUAGAAAACAAUGGAAAUCAUCAACUCACUAUGCAAACACUUGCCUAACGAACGAUUUUUAUACCCCACCUAUCUGACUGAGUUUCCACAGCCACUCUGAGCAGCUUACAGAAUAUAUAAAACACAAGAAAGCACCAAACAUUAAAAACUCCCAAUACAGGGCUGCCUUCAGAUGUCUUCUAAAAGUUGUAUAGUUAUUUAUCUCCUUGACAUCUGAAGGGAGGGUGCCACUACCAAGAAGGGCCUCUGCCUGAUUCCCUGUAGCUUCAUUUCUCGCAGUGAGGGAACCAGCAGAAGACACUUGGAGGAGGACCUCAGUGUCCGGGCUAAGCAAAGGUGAUGGAGACGCUUUUUCAGGUAUACUGGGCCAAGGCCGUUUAGGGCCUUAAAGGUCAGAGCCAACACUUUGAAUUGUGCUCAGAAAUGCACUGUAUAAAACAUUCUUGUGUUGGAAUGAGCAACAAUUUACUGAAAACAAUUGCAACAGUUAUGGCUGAUGCUGUUACUACUUUUCAGUGCAUGAUGGUGAUGAUGAUAAUUUAAUAUUUCUACCCCCCCCCCAUCUGACUGGGUUUCCCCAGCCAUUCUGGGUGGCUUCCAACAUAUAUAAAAGCGUAAUAAAACAUUUAAAAGCUUCCCUUUAUGCAGGGCUGCCUUCAGAUGUCAUACCUUUUGAUGGUUCAACUAAAACUGUAGUGUAAUCACUUUGUGAUUUAAAAGACAUGGAAUUUAUAAAAACAGAAAUGGUUUUAAAGGAUGUAAUACAGCUGAAAAUAGAUUUCUACAUACAAGUGACUUGGCCUUUACUUUUAGACCAGCCAUGUGAACAUUCCAAAUUUAACUUUUAUAUACAAUAGUUGUUAAUGUUUUUAAUACAGUGAUAUUAAUUCCUUAAACUGUAGUUUUAUUUGGAAGUUCAUCCAGAAGUACAUCUACUGUCACUUCACCUGGGCUUUCCUUCCCAACUAAGAGGCUAAAUAUGCAUUGCAGAAUUAAUACUGCUUAAAUCUUGCUUACAUUUUUCUAUUGCUUAAAAUAUUUUAAGAAAGGCCAUUAUAAUAUUGCCAGGUUGAUUAAAACAAUAUUUAUACUUGGGCUAUCAUCUUGGAGGAUGGUCGUCCUCUUGGACAUGAAUUAUAAAUGUCUUCUGAAAUAUUUAUUGUUUCUAUUAGAAACACCAGGCUUCGUGAGUAUUGGACUACAAGUUGAUACUAUCACAGCCUAUGCUUAAAGUGAAUAUCGGUGUCUGUCACAAAGCUCAAGUUUAGUCUUGGAAAGAAUACACAUUUUUCUUUCCACAGGACAGUAAUGGGGAAGAAUGAAUCAGUAGAUAUAAUUUUUAAAGCAGUGAUCCUUGCACUGUGCCAUACUUAAUUUGUCUGCAUUGGGUUAAUUUGAGAGACAUUUUGUGAUGUUGUAAGGAAGAGCACAGCAAAAUGACCAUUCUAAAUGAGUCCCUCCAGAUUUUAUGUGAAACCUGAAGAAUUAGGGAGUCAGUUAUGAUACUAGCAGGUAGUUGGCUUUCUUCAGCAAAUCCAGAAUUCUGUGACUAUGAUCUCCAUGUUUCACAGUUGGGUAUUUUAUGCUAAUUAAAGUAAUUUGCACAACUAUUUGUAAUAUUUGAAUUUUCACUUUUGUUUGCCUGCUUGCUUGCUUUCAGAAUUUAUUGAGAGUCAAAGCACUCAAACACAGGAAGGUAAUAAUGUAGAGAAAGGUGUGUGCAUACUAAUAGUUCUUAUCACCAUAUUUAUAUAUAGUAAUAUUUUCAGCAGGGGGCGGGAGUUGACACGAUUUAUAAAUUAAGCCAUUUGAAGAAGAUCCAUCAUAUUGUACCCAACGCGUGUGUGCAAAGGAAAAAACGAAGUACAACCUGCAAGCUGGAAGGCUUGCCCUCCCCUUUCCGUCCUGCCCUCCCUCCUUUUCCAUGUUGCCUUUCAUUCUCCUUUCUGUUCAGCUGCUCAGAUCCCCACCUGACCCUUGAAAAGCACAUAGAGUCAAAAGAGGAAGUGAGAGUCAUUCUUCCAAUGCCUUCCUUCAGUGCUAUAUCCUUUUCAAAGGAGAAAAAAAGCAACCACCCUCAUCACAUCACAAAGAAGAUGGCAGUGUGUGGAGGAGGGCACUAGGUUGCUUUGCAGCAACAGGAUAAACUCAGCAGAACCAUUGUGCCCAUGAGCACUCCGUUGGCACCCCAGAACUAGACUAAGUUCUUAGCUUUAUGCUCCAAAACGGCCAUUGUCAGGCUUUUUCUUUGAGAAGACAGAAACGUGCCAUGUUCACUUGUUUAAUGGAAGUUUUGAGUCACAGGUUUUUGCUCAAGUUGUUGGACUAAAGAUCAAAUUUACCGUUUUUCUAUAUUGUGCUCUAAUUUGAGCAGCGAAGCUACAGUGCUGUUCUGCCUUUGUUUGUAAUAUAUAGCCUUUUUCUCAUUCUUUUAAAAGCUUUCAGACCUCCAAGAUGCAACAUUCUCUUCAAAGGAAGUUUUGUUAAUCAAGGCGGCCUGAAAGUGGGCGUGAUCAGAAUUCAGCUGUUUGUUUUCCUCAGUUAGCAGCAGCUAGUUUGCUAUUCUAGAAACAAAUCCUUUUAAUCUGGUUCAUUGGAGUUUUGCCUGUUAGGCACAAAUGGAUGUUCAGUGGGAUUGUUUAGGCAUGAAUCAUGAAUUAGGAAAUAAACAGAUUUACAGAGCAUGGCUUUGUCACUUAGCAGUAGUCAUCUUAACAUCUUAAUAAUAUGUCACCUUUGUAAUUGUCAUAUGUAAAACCUUUAUGGUUUAAAUUUAGCCCUGGGGGUGGGGCGCAAGUUAAACCAUGGUUUGGCAUUGCCUUGUGUCAAAUAAACCAGAGUUUUGGAUCGCGUAAAUGAACAAAUUCAGAAGCAAAGGCUUCUGAACUCUUUAUAGCCAUGCCUCAUGCAGGAGAAGGGAAUAUAGAUAUGCAAGCCCAAGAUUUGCUGCCGCUUGUGUGGUCACAUUAAACUAUGGUUUAGCAGCAGAACUUUGACAUCUAAUAGUGCCCUGUAUGUUUAUAUCCUUUUUCAGAAUUAUGUUGCAUCAAAUAAUUUCUCCUUCAAAUGAGGAAGCCAAGCCAUUUAACUUUCUUGUUUUGAUUUCAUUGUAGUUUCAACUGCUAAUUGCAGCUCUGAUUCAGGCUAGUAUUGGUUUAGUAAUAGUUUCAGGAGCAGUUCGGAAUUGGUCCAGUUUAGGUUAAUGUGGGGAAAUUGGAAUGUUAACAAAAUGGUAAUUGCAUAUGUGUUAAGGUGGACUGAUAUUGUGAUGUUAGUACAGUAAAAGGUAGCCAUCAUGUAGAUGAGUUUUGCAAUCUGAACAAUCUGAAUGAAUGAUGAAGUGUAUUACACACGAAAGCUCAUACCUUGAAAGCUUAUAUUUAGUAGAUCUUAAAGGUGCCACUGGAAUUAUUAAAAAAGAUUUUUUCAUCUUGUUAUUCAUUAUAAUCUGAAGUUACUGCAUUCUACUUUGCCAGGGUUCCUGCGGGCCGGAUCACAACAGAUGUAGACUGCAGUGGAACUACUACUUAAUAAACAACUGAAUAUAUGCUGUCUUUUAGGUCAAAAAUUUAAAAGUAAUUCAGUAUUGAUCACUUACAGUGCAUUUCAGUAAUCUAAUCUUUAUGUGGGGCUUCUCUUGUGCUUGGUUUGGAAACUGCAGAAUCUUGCAGCAUGGUUGCUGAUGGGGAUGAGACCCUAUAUGUAUGGGAGUGAGACAGCUGGGGGAGGCCUGGGAGUCAUGGGUGGGCAGUGCGCCGUUGUCCCGCACCCCUGAUGGCCUUCCUGGGCAGCUGUUUCAGCAGCGAUAUCAUAAGGUCACAAAUAUAAGCCACACUUUAACUUUUCCGGAUUGGAAUUUGGAAAAAAAAGGUGUGGCUUAUAUUUGGACCAAUACGGUACAUGGCAGUUCAUGUGGCCACCAAUAGGUUGAGAAUAGGAAGACUAGCAAAGGCUUCCUGGUGCUGAUUUGAUCCUUCUUCACUUUGCCCAUCCUGGCUCAUAAAAUCUAGCCAGGCAGGGCUGGGCAAUGGAGUCUGUGGUGUGGUGAAUGCUUCUCUCUGUGAGGGAGUCUUCCUGGAACAGUUAAAAGAGCUGUUACUAAACUUGCUUCUUGAAAAAACAUCUUUGGACCCAACCAUUAUUGCCAAUUAUAUUCUAGUCUCAAGUAUCCCAUUCAGCCUUGUCUGGAGGAUAUGCACUAUUUGGAUCCUUUUCAAUCAGGUUUCAGGCUCCACCAUAAGAUUCAAACUGCCCUGGUUGUACUGGUCAGUGAUCUCCUGCAGGCUAGGGAUAGAAAUGAAAGCUAUUUUCUGGUUCUUCUGGAUCUCUCAGUGGCUUUUGAUACUAUCAACCAUGGUAUCCUUCUGGACCGUCAACAUGCAGAUUAAAGCAAGUCAGAAAUAUACUUGAAAAAACAGUGUAUAAGCUCUGAAGCUAUUGGGUUGAAUAAGCCUAUUCCUUUUCAUCCACAACUAUACAUUGUACCUGACAAGCAUGUGUUGCAAGAUGCAAGCAUUCCUUUUGACAGAGCAGCAAUACAUAAUAGAUUUGUAGUUUAUCCUACUUAGUUUCCUGUUGUGGUAAAGGGCUGGUGUGAUGACUAAAUCGUAAUAAAUUUUACUCAUUCAGUUUGGCAAUUAUCACAUAUGUACUGGAACGUGAGCAUUCUCUGAGUGGCAUAAUGGCAGUGGCAGCCGUUAAAUUUUCAGUGAACCAUGGUAAGAGGUUAGGAGGCUUCCUGACGGUUCAUAAUAAAGUCCUCCCUGUAUCUUUAGUGCUAGCAAGCCUCACUUCCUUUUCCUUACCUUGUCCCCCCACCCCGCCAAAAAUAAAUAAAAAUCCUAUGUACCUUUAGGUUGUAUAGUGCUCCUAUCAUCUUUAUAAGAUAUGACUCCACUUGUCAGUUCUUGAUUGAAUUGCUUAUUCUCUUCAGCCUCUCUUACAAAAAAGAACAGUAUCUUCAGCUUUGCAAGCCACAAAUUUUAUUUCGUGUAAGACGUUUACAGUAAGCUACACUUCUCCCAUCACUUCCCCCACAAGAGGAAUGUUUUCUGCUUUGUGCCAUCUGCGUUCCUGACCUUGAGUAAUGUUUCAUAUCACUGGCUAGUGGCGUUCAUGCAGUCACACUCAGUCCUGAAGCCAAGCAGAGAGAGGCAGGGCCAAAUGGUCUAAAGUUGUCUCAUACUUAAGGCUCAAAAAAUCCUGGAGGUGAGCCUAAAAAUUAGACUUAAUCAUGCUGACAGAGAAGACCAUUGUUGUAGCUCCACUCUGUGUGUUGUUUUUGAACUGCUGUUGUGUUUUCCAUCUGCAGCCGUGAAAUUGGGAUGAUUAUAUAUUCAAAUGAAAACAGAACCUCCUUGGAUUAUUCAAGGUUAUAUGGGAACCAGAUACUACCCUCCAGUCAUUCAGCUGACCCAUGACCACAUAACAACAUUUUCAACUCAUCAUCUUCUUUUAUUUCUUCAGCAUUAGUCUGUCUUCAGUAUUCCCUCUCAGCAUAUUUGUGUUCUUUCAUCUGCCUUAUAAUUAUAUAUCGUGGAUAGCAUAUUAUGCAAUUUAAAAGUAAAGGGACCCCUGACCAUUAGGUCCAGUCGCAGACGACUCUGGGGUUGCAGCGCUCAUCUUGCUUUAUUGGGUGAGGGAGCCAGUGUACAGCUUCCGGGUCAUGUGGCCAGCAGGACUAAGCCACUUCUGACGAACCAGAGCAGCGCACGGAAAUGCCGUUUACCUUCCCGCCGGAGCGGUUCCUAUUUAUCUACUUGCACUUUGAGGUGCUUUCGAACUGCUAGGUUGGCAGGAGCAGGGACCGAGCAACGGGAGCUCACCCCAUCGUGGGGAUUCGAACCGCAACCUUCUGAUUGGCAAGCCCUAGGCUUAGUGGUUUAGACCACAGUGCUACCCGUUUCCCUCUAUUAUGUGACUUAUGGCAGUUUAUAGUAUAUCCCUUCAUUUUCUCCUCCCUGUAAAUAGAACUGAACAACAGAGCCAGGGGUUUCCCUAUCAUGCAGGGCCAGGGAGAUCUAGUAAGAAAAAUGUAGGAGGCUGUUUCUGAGGGUGUGUUGUUAGGGAAAUGCUUUGAAAUCUUAAGGUGAACAUUUGACCUCUUGACAAUGCAGUCUUAAACAUGUUUGCUUAAAAAUAAAUCAAGUUCCUAGUAACUUACUUCAUAGUUAUGAGUGACAUUUAUUGGGUGACUAAGAGAUUAAAUGAAAUAAUAAAAAUAGUGAGUUUAAGAUUGCAGCACAAGUAUCCUAGGAGAUCAAAUGUUUGUCGUCUUCAGCUUUUUUUUAAUUAAACAAUGAAUGCUGAGCUACUUAGCGACACUUCAGAAGUAUCAGUGCUUAUUAAAUACAGCUAAAAGUGUCAUGGUAGUCAUAACUCUGGUUAUGAACAAUAUGUCUGAGGGAAGAGAGUCAGACAGAAAGAAAUCUCAAGAGUAGUUCAGUUUUUUGAAGCAGGCUUUGCAUUGUUAGUGACAUAUCUGUUCAGAAGGAUGUCUCAUUGACUUCAAUGGGGCUUAGUCUGAGGUGAGUAAACUACUUUGGAAGGUGUAUACAGUUGUAGGCAUGCUUUGAAAAUAUAGCCUGUUUUGUUCAAAUAUAUUUGUCCUUGUUGUAGUACAUAAGAGUUGGAUUUUCCGAAGGUUUGCUCUAACCUUGAGGGUUAUGUUAGGGUCUACUAUACAAAACAUCUUCUGAUCCUUUUUAGAGGCCUGACAGAUAGGAAUUGUUUCACUGAGUGUUGGAUUCAUUACACACUUGCAACUGUAUCUACGAAUAGAGUAUAAGUAGGCAGAAUAUUUGGCAAAACCAGGUUUAACCACCAAGAAGAGGCUUAAAAUGUGGUUGACUUUUAAUGAAAAAAUAGCUGAAACUUUUAUGGGAAAGAAGAGGCUUCUUGAAAUAAUGUUAGAGCUGUGUUUUGUGUAAUUUUCAGAAAAGUACGACUUUGAUGUCCAUGCAAAAGUCAUCUGUUCUUGAAAGCAUAUUUCCUUUAGAAAUGUAUUUUAUUUAUCUUUUACAUUUAUAUAUCCUGCCUCCCUGAGGAAAGCAUACAUGCAGGGAUGAUUAUGAACUUCAUGUGAGUUAGAUUAGGCUGAAACAUAGUAAGUGGUUCAAGUUCUGUGUGGGGCUUUGACCAGUUCUCUCUACUCUUAAGUGCAACACUCUCACCGCAACAACAUGAUGAAACAAACAGCAUUGUGGUCAAGUUUGAUCAGUGCUCUGAAACAAGUGGCACCUUCAACAGAUGUUGUGUAUCCUCACUCCACUUGAGCAGCUGCUGGCAAGUUAUGCCGACCUCCCAGAAUAAUAUAAGCUGUAAACCAGGCAUAGGCAAACUUGGUCCUCCAGAUGUUUUGGGACUACAACUACCACCAUCCCUGACAACUGGUCCUGUUAGCUAGGGAUGAUGGGAGUUGUAGUCCCAAAACAUCUGGAGGGCUGAGUUUGCCUAUGCCUGCUGUAAACCAAGCAGAGCACCACACUCUCCCCAGCAUAGUGAUCUGCUUGUUUCUCAGUGCUCUGUUUGGGUCCCUUUCUGUUGGUGCUCGCCACUUGAGUCCACUAGCGGAGGAAGUGAUGACAGUUCAGUGUGGCUGAAAAGACAAAAACGAGGUAAAUAAAAACAAUCAAACAUCAAAAGUCUGAAACGGGAGGAAAAGGUAUUUGAAGAGAAUAUUUAAAUCUAUAGCAAAACCAGGAAAAUAAUAUUGGGGCAAAGAAUUAUUUAAAGGAAUAAUAUUGGGGCAAAGAAUUAUUUAAAGGAAUAAUAUUGGGGCAAAGAAUUGUUUAAAGGAACAUACACUGCAAAUCAUGUAACUUCUUCUGAAAGUCAGUAGCCACUUUAUAAAAUGAAGCUAAGCUGUGGUUGUUUUUCUCUUUGAGGCUGUUCAAGCAUAAAGCUAGAUCACAGUUUAAUAUUAUAACUACAGGCCUCAGGCUCUUGCACCCUGUCUUCCCGUUAUGUGUAGUGAUUAAUUUCUCCCAUUUUCCAGGCUAGUGGCAAGCUAUACUUUGCCCACAAACAAGAAUCACACAUGACAGUGUGCAUAGGUAAACUAUGGUUUAUGCAAAUCAUGUUUUAUUUUGCUGGUGUGUGUGUGUAAGAGCUUAGGGUUUGUGGUUGGAAUGCCAUGCUUAUGUCUGAAUAGCUUCUUAACAUUUCCAGUGACAUCCUGAGUACAACCUGAUUUUUUUUGGUUUUUAUUCUAAUAAAAUCUACUACAGCUGAAAGUUUGGAGCCUCUCUGCCUAAUAUUUGACACCCAGGCAUGGUCCUUAUCUAAGCAUACAGACAGGAACAGGAACUGAUCAAAUGAGUUGUCCACAUAGCGGAAACUACGUACAGGGCCUCACAGAAAUCUAGUAUCCUCCGAAUGGAGCAGUUGUUGAUAUGUUAUGUAGAUUCCGAUUUGGUAUUUUCACAUGCAGGCCUAUUGAGAACCAUUCUUGAAAGUGAUAUAAGCCUCAAGUAAUUUGUUUUGGUUCCUUUUCUGUCAGCACUGUAAGUCUGCAACUGAUGCUAAAAGAAAUCCUGCGAGUAGUCAGGCACAUAGACUACAUGUAGUGCACAAAGCAGAUUCUGAGAGAAAAGCAGCUUUAUUUGUCAGACAGUCCUAAGCAGUAUCUGGGAGCAGUGGGGCAGAACAGUGGAUAAGCCAUCACAUCUAAAGCCCUGCUGACUCAUAUUAUCCAGGGCCAAAAGUGGGGGUGCUUGUAUUGUUUUUUCCUUGUCCCACCUCCAGGAAAUGGUUUAGGAUCCAGAAGACCCAUAGCUGGCCUUGCCUUGCCUCUGGAUUGCCCUGUUCUGGAGUACUACACUGGCUACCGCUGGCGGAAACACUUCUGGCAGUAGUCUUGGAUCCACAUGCUUUCUUGGAGACUUUAAGUGUGGUGAGGGUGUGUGGGUGUUGUUUCUGAUUAUACUGUGAAUGAUCUCAUUUUAAUGUAGACUUUCCUCUUUCCUGUUUAGAUUGGGGCAUAUGACCAGCAAAUAUGGGAAAAAUCUGUAGAACAAAGAGAAAUCAAGGUAAAGUUUAGAUUUUUUUUUAUUGUUUUAUGGUACUGAAUGUCAAACUUAACAAGCUCACUCCAAAUCAUUUAAUUUGCUGCACAACUCCUGUACAGAGGACUCUGGGGUGCACUUUUUUCGGUGCAGGGUGUGAGCAAGGUGCCUUUGGGCUAGUUCUUGUCCUAUGACAGCUAUGUGUUCUCAAGAAUAUGUCCAAUGUCCCCCUGAAAUGUCUAUUGUAGGGGAAAGUCAUUAAGCAGCAGGGAAGUUUUUGAGAAGCUUGUCCUCUGUUACUUAUAUUGUCAUUGAGAAAGCACGAUAAAGCACAUAGUUCUCACGUAUAUAGUUUGAAAAUCAGGGAUAUAUUGUAAUUCAGAAUUUAUUUUGAUAAGACUUUAUUGUGACACAGGUGUGUGCUGUUUUUCCCCCCCAGGACAAAGGAUGUUCCAUUUGUGAAUUAUUUUAAUAGCAUUUGUGAAUUCUUUGUUAUCAUGUAGUGAUAGUAAUGGUAAUCCUUACCAAUCUGCAGUUUUUUUGUGGUGGGUGGGUUAAACUUUAAAGAAGUUCUACUGAAAUGAAAAAAACUGGUACAAGAGUUAGGGUGGGAGAGGACAUUUUGUGGGUGUAGGAAGUCUUUAGAUUAUGGAAUCUUGGCUAGGGUUUGUCUCUCACUUGCAUCAAAACUGUAUGCUGUUUGGUGUGGAUGUGAGUUUUUAUGUGGAGGAGCCUCCUUAAAGGAAACAGCUAGGAUAGAUCUUUUACUUGGGGAACUCCCAGUCACAGUGCUUAAAAAUAAUAUUGGGGUGUUUUUAGUUAUGUUGCACUAAGCUGCCUUAUGCUAUAUCAUAGAUAAUUCCCUUCAUAUUUUACAUGCUUUUUGGUCAGAUAUCACUGACUAUCACAUGGUUACCUUUAUAGUUCCAGUUUACUUUUCCUCAUUUUUCAUCCUGUCAUUGUUUUGAACAGUUUAUUAAAUUGGUAAGUACUUGAUUAUGGAAAUUUGUGUUAAACAAAACAGCUUUUGUAGAUUAACUGUGUCUCUGCAUCUUAGUGUGACUAACAAAAGCCUUCAAGUAUCUGAUGAAUAAGUAACUACUUCAAAAGCAUCUAAAUGCUUUAGCAUCACUUCUGUUUUCCAUUUAAAACAAUUAGGGUGUGAUCCUACACUUUAGCCUGGAAUUAAGUCCCAUUAAGCUCAGUGGGACUUGUUUCUGAAUAGACAUUCAUAGGGCUACAUUGUUUGGUUCAUUUAAGGAUUCACCCACUCUUCUAAAGAGACAAGAAACUGUAAUGCUGGGAUUAUAAUAAACCCCUGCUUCCUUUGAUAUGAUAUUAUACCUUCUGGCCAUCUAUUGUGGUUCCAUAUUUUCGUAUAUCAUUACCAUCCGAAACAGCACCUUUUCAUUUUCCAGAAAUGAAAUGGAAAACAACCAUUAGAUUCCAGCUCUGAAUGUGCUGCACUUGAAAAAGGUUAAAAUCAAGCUUCUGUUGGCUUGAGUGCUAUGAGCUAACUAUUGGGAAUCCAGUGGUUUGUUCCACGAAACUCUGUCCUUUCAAACAGACAGUAAUAGAUAACUUUGUAACACGCUUCUCGCCUUGAAACUGUUGUCUCAGUGCAAGUAACCAGGUGGAAAAUGCACUUGCCUGGUGGUUCCUCCUCCUGCUGCCUACCUGCAUGCAUUUCAUUCAGUUGUGAGGCUGGCCGUGUUUCAUCAGCUGGGAAAACACAGCUGAGCGAUAGGGUUGUUGUGUGUGCUACCUGUGUUAUCUCCUCUGUCAGGAAGAGAGAUGGAGGAGUGAGAUAAGACUGACAGAGUGCUGUGCCUGCUGCAUGUACACCCGUUCUUUUUCCUGACAGAAGAACGAACACACAGUAGUAGUGCUGGGAGGGGAUAUUGAAGCAGCGAGCAAUGAGCAAGUACUUUCAUUGUUUACAGGGGCAGUAUGACUCACUAACAAAGUACUGUAUUGAAACAUAAAAACACACCAGAUUUUCUCAGAAUAGGCCAGUUGAUGCCAUUGAGAUUUCUACUGAUGUGCUCUUAGUUCUCAUUGGAGCUCGUAAGAACAAGCCAAUGUCCAUCUGGUCAAGCACUCUGCCUCCGUCAUAGGCUUACCAGAUGCCCUUAGGAAGAUUACAAACUGCCUGAACUUGAAGGCUUAAUUUUUAGUUUUUGUGCCUAUAUAUAUAUCUGCUGAUGUCGAUGGCAACAUUUUCUGGCAAUGAAUUCUGUAAGUUUUAUCCAGUGCAUAGAAUACAGCUACUUUUGUUUGUCCUAAAUACAUCAUGUUAAACUUAUAACAUUGGACAAAGGAUGAAUUAUUUUAUACAGGCAAUACAAAUAAUUUUAUAAAUGUAUAUAGCAGUGGUUCUCAUACUUCGUUCUCUUUGCCACACUUUUCAGAAUAAAAAUUUGUUCACACCACACCAUUUAAAAAAAUUGAUAAGUAAUGCAUUGGAAAAUAAAAAGAAACAACUUAGCCUAGCAGUGCUAUUUUAUAAUAUUAUCAUGGGAUAUCCAGAAAGUAUAAAACAAUGCAGCUACAUAGGAACAUUUAUCAUUCUCAAAAUAUAAUAUUGACUGUCCUUGAAUCUUCCUGGCACACUUGCCAUCUUCUCCUGCUACAGCUUGUGGGAACCAGUGGUUCUGCUCCAUAAUCCUUUUCCAAAUUUAAACUUUUGUCUUCCUUUACAGAGGAAACACUUCAAUCCUCUUAUCAUUUCAGUUGCUCAUUUGUUUAAGCUGGAAUGUAGCUUACAGAAUAACACCUGAAAGUAUAAUAAAAACAUUAGAGUGAGUUUAAAACAGAUAAGCAUUAAAAGAGAACAAUUGAAUGGACCUAUAGAAUAAGUACAGUGAAGCAGCAAUAAAGUUGUCUGUACCUUCUCAUUUUUACAUGAGGCAGCUAGAACUAUGUACAAAAUUCUACAUUUGUGCACGUUGUCAGUUUAUAAAAUGAGAUUAUUGGCUGUUUUUAUUUUAUUCUUUAUUAUGAUUUGUAUACUGCCUAAUUAAAAAUGUUCUUUGGACACAAGUCUCUAAUCACAUCAGUUAUUUGUUUUCUCUUUCUAUCCCUUUCCUAACCAUUCUCAACACUAACUUCUUUUACUGCAGUAGCACUAACAGAUUUAGUGAAUUUUCCACUAUGGCCCCAGGAUGUUUCUGGGUUGUUGGUAGUCAGUUCAGACCGCAUCAGCACAUAUGUGAAAAUAGUCUUUAAUUCUCAUGCACAUAAUUCUGUUCGUUGCUUUUGUUGGAUCUCAUAUGUGGUCCAUUCACCAAGUUUAGAAAUAUCCUUUUGAAGCUUGUGGCAAUCUGGGAUUUUACAAUUUUUAAUAGUGGUCAUCUGCAAACUUGGCUACCCUGUUGCUCUUCUUUUGAGUUGUGCCAUAUUUGGGUGACUAGGAAACUCUUCUAAAGGUUUCUCAGCAGCUGAAACUGGGGAUGAUUUGAAGUAUUAAAUCCCAUAGAUUCAUAAUGAGUUCAUCACUCGCAGUAUGGGAUCAAGUUUUCCUUUGGGCAAAAAGAAAGGGAAGAUUCUCACUUUUUAUAAAGAUUUGGAUUUGAUGUAACGUUAAGCCCAACCAAAGCUUAGUUCUGAGUGGUACGGCAGCAGCAGCAGCAGGACUGUGGGAGAAACUGGCCACCAUCCAAGAACCUGCAUGUUUGCUUGUUCACACUGAACCAUUGUUUGGUUUCGAGUUACCUGAAAACUGUGCUGUUAUUUGAAUAACACAACAACUAUUACAGAAUUUCCAUAGGUAAAGCACAGCAACUAGAAAGGCCCACAGUAUGCCUCUGCUGCCAGAUGCCAAAUAAAUAAGUUUAUUUCUAUUUUCUGCUUCCUAUGUGUUACUCAGCUUCUGAUUGAAGAAAUAACCAACCCUCCUGGAUUAUGACUGCUAUGUUUGCAAAAUGCAACCAUCAUAGAUGGCUUGUUAUACAUUCUGUGUCCUCUUACCACUACGGUAUUUAACAUAUAUAUUUUUGUUCUGCCAUAAAAUAAUGUCUCAUGAGUUUGUAUGUCUCCUUUAGUACUCCAUUUAUUUAUUUUGGUCUAAUGUCUCCAUUGUACAGCUUGUUUGCUACCCUGCUACCAGUGUUAUUCAUUUUUACAUCACUAUGAAGUUGCUCAUAAAGUUCCUUCUUGGCUUUCUUAUUGUCAACUUAUGUUGGGUUUGCCAGACUUCUUGCUUGGGUGUGUGUGUGUGUGUGUGUGUGUGUUCAUGUUUUAAUAGUUUUACAAGAAGUAAUCUUGUCUUUUAUAGUCUCAUUUAGUCUGAAGUUUAACAGAUAAUUGUUUGAACUUGCCUUAUCUAAUAAGUGGUGUAUGUUUAACUUGAAAGCCCUGUUAUCAUUGUAAACAACUUCCAAGUGUCUGUAACUACCUUCUCAAUUUCCUUUUAACUGGAGCUCUACAUUCUCUUGGCAGAUCUAUAAUCUAUUGUGGUUGCAGCAGUGAAGCUUUUGACAUUGAUUAGUUGAGCUGAUCUGAUAGCCUGGAAUGCUGUAAGAUCCAAACUGUUCAGGGAACAAUGUUGUCAGUGUUUGCAGGCCCAGCUCUGUGAGGGAAAAGAAAGUUUUAAUUUUGUUUAGUGAACCAUUUAUAUGCUUCUCUUCAACUACAUAAGGGGGUCUAUAGAAUAGAAGUUCAAACAAAAUGCAGAGUUACACAGGAUUAAAAUGCCCAAGCAAGCACAAAUCUAAAAGGUAAAAAUUCCACCUGGUACAAAAAGCACAUCAAAGUUGGUGACCAUCUCUGGGAAGUGGGUGUUGUCCAGUUUGGCUAGUGUUAAGUUUCUUAGAGGUAUUUGUAGCAGUGUUAGAAACUGAGAUAUGAAAGAUAGGAGCUAAAUGGCACCUUAAACCUAGGUUAUGGGCACAACAACGGAAUGUCUAGGUGUGCUUUUUUAUAACAAGAAUACAAAGCUGAAAAUUAAUGAGCUGCAGUAAAAAUAUGUUCUUUUUUCCCCCAUGGUCUAGUCCUUCCCCUGCCCACCCCCCUAAUAUUUUUAAGAGCAGGGGUAGGCAACCUAAGGCCUGUGGGCCAGAUGUGGCCCAAUUGCCUUCUCAAUUCGGCCCGUGGACGGUCCGGGAAUCAGUGUGUUUUUACAUGAGUAGAAUGUGUCCUUUUAUUUAAAAUGCAUCUCUGGGUUAUUUGUGGGGCGUAGGAAUUUGUUCAUCCCCCCCCAAUAUAGUCCGCCCCACCACAUGGUCUGAGGGAUGGUGGACCGUCCCACGGCUGAAAAAGGUUGCUGACCCCUGCUUAAGAGGGUCUCUUAUCCAAUAUUCUUCACUAUUCCAGUCUUCAGAGAGUAGCUGGAAGUGGGGAGGCAGAGAAAGGUCCUCCAUUCCUUCCACUCUGCAGUUUUAAUCUGAAAUCUUAGACACAGUACUGCGCCCAGAGCUCAGAAACUGCUUGCGCUAAUGAAAUUCCCUGUCGCAAAAUGUGCCUAGAACAAUUGGAGUUUAGAACACUGAUUUGUAUCUUUGUGGGGCAGGCUGAACUCAUCCCAGGAAAUCAGAAAGCUAGAAGAUUUGGAGACUAAAGAUGGAAAAACAGGAACCUAAUGGGAAGAAGUGGUGAAUAAAUCUUUGUUAAACAAGCAGAGGAGACAGAGACUGAGAUGGUGCUCUGAAGAAAACCCAGUCUUCCAGUCAGGAAAAUCUAUAUAGUGUCCUCUUCAUGUCCCAUAGUCCAGUGCUAGGGCACUAGCCAAGAGACAGAUGAAAGGAAACAAGACAAAGCAGGUGUUAAUGUAAAACACAAUAUGAGGAGACAAAGGAAGACAUGAGGCUACAGUAAGAAAUAGCCGAGGAUUAUGUAAGGACUGCAUCAAAACUUCAUAUCAGAACAGUGCAGGAGGGGAAUGGAUAAGCAUGGGAUUGUGGACCAUGGGUAUAGGUUUGAUAGCUCUUCUAGAACCUGACAGGCAAAUCCUACUGGUUGUGGCUUCUACUAUCACUAGAGUAUUGUGAUUUGGCAAUCCUAUGAUUCACAUACUGAUUUAAAAAUACUUGCCAAUUCUUUGGCUGCAAGCCUCUACUAUGAGCAUUGUGAACUUAGCUGUCCAUUUUAGAUGCACCUGUAUGUUGGAAUUUGGUCAUAUUGUGGCUACUGAGCCACAUUGUUCAGGGAUCUAUCUAUCUAUCUAUCUAGCAUCUAUUAUGUAUUUAAGCUAAUUAAUUAAUAUUUAGCAUUUAAGCUAAAUUCCAGUGUGUGUUUUCCGUAAGAGGAAAAUGCAUAUGAUACUUAACAGCUUCUAGCAGAGUAUGAACAGGAUUAAAAUAAGUGGUCUCUCCUGUUGCAUGUGAUUCAGGGUGCAGCUGAAGGUUACGAGAUGGACAAAGUGAUAUUCAGAGCCCUGUAUCUAGCACCAGCUCUGGAGAAUAUCAGUGUAGGACAGAACCUGUCAGUAAAGAGGAUGUUGAAAGCCUGCUACUGAAAAGGUUGUCCAUGUGUGCUAUAAGCAAUUGUAGAGUUUGAGAUGGGCCAGGGGGGCUACUGAGUAGUUCAGAAGGGUCAGUGUGAUCUAAUACCAGGUUUUGCCAUACUUUCAAGGACUAGCAGAUAGGUUGACAGAGAUGGAAAUAGAAAUCUCUCUAAAGCAGGAUGAAUAGUAAGUUUUGUCCUCAGUAUAUUGGACGUUCUGAUAUUUUUCUCCAAAGUGACAAGUUAAUUUAGAAACUUGUUUUAGAUCCUUACUUUAGAAACAAAUACUUAAUACUGUGGUGUGUUCUGUUGUUUUUGUUUUUUUUUUAGUUUUCUCUUAGCCUGUAAAUUUACACAAGUUUUAGCUUGGAAGCUUCAUGAUGUACGUUUUGUCUCUCAGAAAGACAAACUUCAAACACUUAGGAAGAGGGCUGUAAUAAGUUUACAUCUAUUCUUGUACCACAGUUUGAAUUUCAAAGUCUAGUGGAUAUGUUUCUUUGAAAAUUAAAGGCAAAAUGAAAUAGAUGUCAAAGUAAGUAUUUACUAACUCUGGCAAGCAUGUGUGUGUUCGUAUGUGGCUGCAUAAUUGAACUUAAUUAACUCCUUUAGGUGUUCUGGGAAAUAUAAUAAAAAGGACAGUAAUUUUCAUUAUACCUUUGUAUUUGCAUCAGCAAUAUACUUGUAUUUUUAAAGCAAAAAAUAUUUUUCAUUAGUAGAGAUACAUGGCAAAUUGGAAUCUUUCUUAAAAGUAGAUUUCAAAUAGGAAAUAGUGCACAGCUCAGGAGAUGAAAACCUGAUAACUUUAAGUUCACCACAGUUACUGGCCCCUGCUUAUAUGAAAAGUAUUUUUCCUUUAAUUGUAAUAAUAAUAAUCCAAUAUUAUUUGCAUAUUACAGGGUUUGAGAAACAAGCCAAAGAAAACUGGGCAUGUAAAGCCAGAUCUCAUAGAUGUUGAUCUUGUAAGAGGUAGGAAUGGAUCUCUUAAAUAUGGAAUGCAGUAUUGAUCAAUAUGUCAAUUUAUUUAUUUAUUUUAUUGUUUUACAUGGUAGAGUGCAUUUGGGGACAUCUUUUUUUAAAGGGGAAUACAUAUGGUGUUUGUGUAUUUCCUAGCCUCGUUAUACCCCCAUCAGUGCGCAGCUUAUUGCAGGUUGGGCAGUUGCAAUGUAACAACUCUGUGGACAGAUUCAUGUGUAAUUGAUUAAAAGAAACCAGAAUGCUGCUCAAAUGUGCGUUCUCAGAUUUAUUUAUUUUUAGAUCAAGGGUAGGCUGGAUUUGCAAGGUGAACUUGGAAGUAAUAGCCCGCAGUUAAAUUUUGCUGCAGUUCUGAACUUGUGCACAACAUGCCGUGUUAGAUACAUUCACUUCCGAGUAGUUUCCCUCUUCAGAGCAGUGAAAUUCAGGUUGCAGGAAGUAACUCCAAUAAAGGUAGCGAAAUUUCACAUAGCUGUUGUAUAACGCACUUUCAUGACUUGACAUCACCUGUCAAGAUGAGGUUAGAGGGAGUCUCCCUCAUCAUAAGACAUUUAAUAAUUGUGAUUUCAGGAGCACUGAACGCCUCUAGCACCUGAUUGUGACUAAUCUCAAAAGGUGCCACCCAAGUGCUAGUUUCCUAUCAUUUUCCCCUGCUGCAAAUCAAAAGAAACCAAUGGCAUACAUUGGGGGAGCCAAUGUGGUGCCUUCUAAAUGCUGUGGGACUACAACUCCCAUUGGCCUCAGCCAGUGCAGCCAAUUACAGAGGAUGCUGGGAGCUGUAGUUCAACAACCACUGGAGAGCACCGCAUUGGCUGCCCCUGGCAUACUUGACCCAGUAUUUCCAUACCAGAUGAUCAGUCCUGAGUCCCCUGUAAUUUAUAGGAAAGAGAAUUUUUAUCUUUGCUGUUUCUGAUACAGUACUGACUUUGAGAGAUCUAAAUCCACGGCUUAGUUUAAUUCUGUUAUUCUGUUCCUGUAGAACAGGGAUGCGGAAGCUGUGGCCCUUGAGAUGUUGCAGUCUGUCUCCCAUCAGCACCAGCCAGCAUGGCCAAUGGUCAGGGAUUCUGAGAGUUGUAAUCUGGCAACAUCUGGAGGCCCACAGGUUUCCCAACCCUGCUGUAGAAGCAAGACUGGGUCCUGUUUUUCUUUUUCUUUGUAGAAGUAUGUGUAGAAAUGUAUGUAGCUCUUGCAAAAGAACCAGGAAUAGUGGCAGGUAUGUGUGGUCUGUUAUUAUCCACUGUCAGCAUCAGGCUUAUCCCUUUGGCAUGUUAUUCAGUGAAAUAAAUUCCCCCUUUUCUAUUUCCAUUUGCAUCUAUUACUGUAGUCCUCUGUUCUACAAGUAUGCACCACCCAUAUGUUGGAAUUUUGGAUUCCAAAACACAAAGGGGAAGAAAACUUGGGCUUUUCACUGGAAUUUUUGCACUGAAUAAGGCUGCAGUCCUGUAUGUAUCUUCCUGUAAGAAAGCUCCAUUGAGCACAAUAAGUCUCGCUUCUAAACAUGCAUAGCAUUACACUAUAAUUAUAUGUUUUACAUGGUAGAAAGAUGAAUUACACAGUAUUCCAUUGGGUAUUUCCCAUGUGUCAUGCUAUGGCAGUCUGCACUUCUGUUCCAAGCUUAGAGACAGUUCCCGCAUAUGAUUUCCUGUACCAGACACAUGUUUCAUAUAGGACAAAAUAUAUUUACAGUUGUUUAUGAAGUACUACUACUUAUUUUGCUGAAAGUACACAGCUUUAGAAGUUCAGCUUCACACACAGGAAUAUGUUCCAUGUAAAUAUGGCAUAUAUAUCUCACACAAAGUCUUAGGAUUUUAUCUUAGUCAAAUGGUAAUUGUAAAUUGUCUAUAUUGCUAUGCAACCUAAGUGAUUUGUUUGUCUUCUGUUUAGGCUCUGCAUUUGCUAAAGCUAAACCAGAAAGUCCCUGGACAUCUCUGACUAGAAAGGGGAUUGUUAGAGUUGUUUUCUUCCCAUUCUUCUUCAGGUGGUGGCUACAAGUGACAUCAAAGGUUAUUUUCUUCUGGCUCCUUGUCCUUUAUCUUCUUCAAGGUAUAACUGGAUGACAUUAUUAGUUUUUUAAAAAUGCAUUGAUCAAAAAAUGGACCAAAUCUUAUUUUUCAGAGUUCUAAUGAUGCAUUUCCAUUUAUAUUUUUUAAACUCAAGUUACCUCAAAAGUUAGAAGCUGCUAUAAAGAUGAAACUAAAUUACAGCAAUUCCCAAAAAUGUUAACUUCUAAGAAAAGGACUUCACAGUGUAAGAAUAAAAAUCGAAAUUGAGAGAAGGAUAUCAUUUUGGCACUCCACAGAAACAUAAUGAAAUUAACAAAGGGAAAUAGAAAGUUUAGUUUAAAGAACACACAGUGUUUAUUCUUGAGCUUAGACAGUGAUUUCAUAUCACUAGAAAACUAUAUUAAAAUGUAUUCUAUACUGACAGUUUCCUCACCACCUGUUUGAAAUAUGAUAGUAGAUAGUGUUAUUAUUCUACCCAUGGCUAUUUAUUUUUUAUUAAGUGUGGUAAUACCUGUACAGCAAUAUUUAAAUUAAAAUUGUUGAGAACAUAAGGCCCUGUUGAAUCAGACCAAAGGUCCAUUUAAUCCAGCGUUGCUAAUCACAUGCUUAUGGUCAGCCAACAUUGCCUACAGGACAUAAGCACAAUAGCAGCCUUCACAGUCAUGUUUGUCAGGUAUUUAGAGGAAUACUGCCUCUGAUACUGGUGAUAAGAUAUAGCCACCAUGUUGUAACUUUAUAAGGGAGUUGCUUCAGCCCCCAGCAGUGGCCCUUGGCAUCACUUAUUUAGACAGUGAGCUCGGGUCUCUUGGUGCACUGACCUUGCCCCAUCUCCAUCCAGGUAAGCAGCAGUGAUGCCAGUGGCAGGAUGCCAGUGGCAGGAGGGGAGCUCAGCAUGCACUGUUCCUGACAGUCCCUUGAUCAUUAAUUAUCCACAAUGCAGCACUGCAAUAAAUCAGUUACAUUGGUACAUUAUUUCAGCUCCUUCAAAGUACCUUGCCUAAAGGUACAAAUUGAGGCACAUAUUAGAUGUGCUGCACUGUAUGCCUGUCCCAAUCCUAUUUUGUUGUGACUGUUACCAUGGUUUUAAAUAUGUUUUCCAGUUGUCUUCCGAGAUCAGCAGAUCUGAAAGCUUGUGCCAAACAUUUUAGUUGCUUGUAUGCAGUGUAGUAUAAUGUAAUCUUGAUGUAUACUGCUUAUAUUUAAAAGGUUUUGUCACAACAAUAUCGGAAAACAUGUUAACUCUUCAAAUAGAGCACUGUAGAAAAACCAAGCUUUUAAGAUCAAUUGAUUUCAGUGAAAGUUUGCUCUAUGUUUAAAUUUCCUGUAUUGAUUUUUUUUAAUACUUAACUUUGGUUUGAUCACACUUAUUUCUGAGUUUAACAAAAAUGACUUAUUAACAGUAUCAUUGUUUAAUUAUGAAUUAUUGUUGCAGAUUUAAUUCUUCACUGGUUGUUUUCCCCCCAUGUCUUUGAAAGUUGCUGCAGUAGUCUUGUUCUAUACAGUAGAAGCCACACAUAAUAUACCUCUGACUGAAGUAGUAGGUCCUGUAUGGCUCAUGUUGCUCCUUGGAACUGUGCAUUGCCAGAUUGUUUCAACAAGAACCCCUAAACCACCUCCAAGUACAGGAGGGAGAAGGCGAAGGUACAGUUUAUUUUAACAUAGUGAGCCUUUUAUGCAUGUGCUUACUUUUUAUUUCAGAAUCUAAACUACCGUAUUUUUCGCUCUAUAGGACACACUUUUUCCCUUCUAAAAAGUAAGGGAAAAUGUGUGUGCGUCUUAUGGAGCGAAUGCAGGCUGCGCGGCUAAGCCCAAAGCCAGAACAGGGAGAUGGAGCGCUUCGCAGCGCUCCGUCUCGCUGUUCUAGCUUGGGAUUAGCUGCGCAAAGCCUCCGCAGGGCAGCGGGAUGAAGGCACCCCGCUGCCCUGCGGAGGCUUCAAAGGCUGUCCCCGAAGCCAGAACUGCGCAGCGUUCCGUCUCGCUGUUCUAGCUUGGGGAUGGCUGCGGAGGCUUCAAAGGCUGUCCCCGAAGCCGGAACAGCAAGAGGCUAUCCCAGAAGCCAGAUCCCUCUUGCUGUUCUGGCUUCUGGGGUUCAGAAUUUUUUUCUUCUUGUUUCCUCCCCCCCCAAACUUGGUGCGUCUUAUCGUCCAGUGCGUAUUAUAGAGCGAAAAAUACGGUAUUUUUGAAAAAGGCUUAAAAUCUGACAUUAUGCAUUAUUUAAUAAAUGGUGGGGGGUGGGGGUAUUCUUGUUCUGCUAAGUUCCUUUUAUUUGUGUGUUGACCUUCUCAUGAAAUUUCACUGCUAUAAAUACUGUUGUGAUAUUUUUUUUUAAACUGCACCCAAUACAGAUUGGUAUCUCUUAUUGGUAUCAACACAAUAGAACUAACUAAUGGGGUGCAGGAAGCUGUUAGUGAUUAGUUAAAUGCAUAAUGUGCUCAUAUUUUUGUUUUUUCUGGACUGGUGUUGUGUAGCUCAGAGGGAUGAUUUUUGUGCUUAGAGAAGACGCUGACGAAAAUAAUAACUUUUCUCAUGUACAAUAACAAACUGUCUGUUAAGCCCAGGCAGUGGCUGAACUCAAAUCUCUUUGCAUGCUUACAAGAACGCUGACCGUGUUGUAGUGCUAGCGAAUGACACUUACAAGAUGCCUUCCACUUUUAAUCUCUUCUGAUGAAGGAAAUUAAGGAAAGCAGCACAUUUGGAAGUACAUAGGGAAGGAGAUGGCUCUAGUACCACAGAUAACACACAGGAAGGAACAGUGCAGAGCUACGGUACAAGCACCUCUUACAGUAUUGGCGCUGUCUUCAGAGAUAUCUGGCUUGCUGCUUUCUUUUUAUCGGGGUUUGUAUUUUAUUCAAGGCUUUGUUUGUCUUAAAGAUGCACUAUCCUUUUUCUGACAAAGUAAUCAUUCAUCUGUACUGCUGACAUUCUUCUGUACAUCCAGCUAGCUUUAGUAUAACCCUGUCAAAGUAUUCCAGCACCUGUGGCUGUGUUCUUCUGACUUUGGCAAAUGAAGACAACUUUUCUUAUAAAUGCCAAGUGGAUAUAUAGAAACUGAUUAUUUAGGUGGAAAAUAUUGCGCAACCAUUGCCAAAGGGCAAGAAAAAGUAAUAAAUAAAUAAAAAUCAGGUUCUGUUCUUCUAAAGUUGCUAGUUGUCUUGCAGUGUAGGUUUCCAUAUUCUGAUAUUGUAGUUUCAGUUCAUUAAUGCAGUGGUCUUCAGGCAUUCCAGAUCUGGGCUCAUCUUUCGUCUCAGCCUGCAAUAUAGACCCUACUUUUAGGGAUUCUCCCCUCCUGAUUUUAUGUGUUGGUGGUUUGCAGUUGUGAGGGAGAGAGUUAAUACAGUGGUACCUUGGGUUAAGUACUUAAUUCAUUCUGGAGGUCCGUUCUUAACCUGAAACUGUUCUUAACCUGAAGCACCACUUUAGCUAAUGGGGCCUCCCACUGCCGCCGCACGAUUUCUGUUCUCAUCCUGAAGCAAAGUUCUUAACCCGAGGUAAUAUUUCUCGGUUAGCGGAGUCUGUAACCUGAAGCAUAUGUAACCUGAAGCGUAUGUAACCCGAGGUACCACUGCAUUACGUUUGUUCCAAGUAUAAGGGCUGGUACAGUGGUACCUCGGGUUAUGAACUUAAUUCAUUCCAGAGGUCUGUACUUAACCCGAAACCGUUCUUAACCUGAGGCGCGCUUUCACUAAUGUUGCCUCCUGUUGCUGCUGCGCCGCUGGUGCACGAUUUCCAUUCUCAUCCUGGGGCAAAGUUCUCAACCCUGCUAAAAACAUUUAUCUUUAGGCAAGCUUGUCAAGACAUGUUGAAUGUUGGCAUGUGCUUUAAUCUGGUUUUAGCUUAUUGUUGAUUUUAAUUAUUUUUGAAGGUUUUACAUUGUUGUUCUUACUGGGUUUUUUUUUACUAAUGAUUUCAUUUUUUAUCCUUUUUGUAAGCCACUUUGAUUUUUUUAAAAAAAAAAACAACCACCACCACCAAAUGGUAUAUAAAUUGUAUGACAUAAAUAAACUUUAGGGUGGGUCAUUGAAGCAGUUGUGGGUCAUGUGCCAUCUACUGAAGACCUAUGCAGUAGUGAAAUGAUGCCGUCUAUGACUGACUAGCAAGCAAAAGCAACGAAGGUGUUUGCUCCAAUUAGAUUACAAAAAAAGCUAAGGUUUGUUGAUUGGUGUAAUAUAUGAAGCUUUAAAAGCUAUUAAAUCCUGCAGAUGUAAAUUAUCAUAUAGCCUGCUUUUUAACUAUGCAUCUGGCCAAACAAUGAUGAUUAGUUUCUUUAAAAUUUGUUCCAAACGGUUGAGAAACAAGUAUAUUAAUGCACUUGUAUUAAGCAGUCAGAAAAAAGGAUAGUGCAGCUUCCUACAUCUACAUGUUUUACAUUUUAUGUGUUCAGCAUUAUUACACUAACAUGUGUCACACUGAUGCUCUUAUAUGAUUAUGCUGUUUCCUAUAAACUAAAAUUAUGACCUAUAAUCAUCACAUGUUGCUUCUGGCAGGCCAUUUAAGCACAUCAAGGCAAUAGAGGUCCCAUCCCUCUUUAAUUUUAAAAACACAUUUCUGCCUUAGCUCGUGCUUGAGCUCAAUUAUUAUAAUUUUAAUUCUGCCCUAAUUUUUCAGUUGCAUUUUCAUCCUCUGUUUUGAUGUUUUGAUUAUGUACUGUAUUUCAAUAUUCUUGUGUAGAAAUGUUUAUAAUAAGUUCUACACAAUGGAAUUUAUCUUUCACUGUAAAGAAGUUUGCAAGGUAUGGAAAUCUUUCAUAUUUAAAUACAUUUUGGCUGUGCUCUGUGUUCAGAGCAAUAUUCAUGACUUCCAAAGCAAUUACAUGCAUCAUCUACGAUACAAAAAUAGGCAUUUUGAAAAAAAAAUCCCUUUCUUCCCCAAGACUCAGAGUCCUGGUCAAAUUCUUUGCAUGUAAACUGGAUUAUUUUUAUUUAAAGAGAUGUGGUACAGCUUUUAUACCCUAAUGGAGGAAAUUCAAAGCUGUAAACUUAAUUUUGUUUUGUAGGAAAUGUUGCAAAACAUGGAGAGUUUGGGUUGUUUAAAAAGCUAUACAUUAUUAUGCAUUUGAUGUAGUAAGCUUGAAGCUCCCAUGUGAAAAUGCUUGGACGGCUGACUUUAGCAUCAGUGAAUUUAAACAGAACUCUAAAUAUGCUCUAUUAUUUUUUUUUUUUUUGAGAAGCAUUGAAAAAGAAACUAGAAUAUGACACAGUGAGAAAAUUUGUUUGUAGAGAGAAAGCUAAUCCAAUAAUAUUGAAGUCAUGAGAUUGUUUCCAGUUAAACAAUUGUUAUUUGAAGCUAUCCUUCACAAAGUCAAAGUGCUUUAACUGAAUGUUAAAUAUGGCAGCUCAUUGAUGCUUCUCUUCAGAAGAGCCUGUUUGUAGUGGUAGAUCACAGCAGAACUUGGUUUUAUGAAACUUCAUGGUGUUGUUGUUCUCCUCGUCUUACUGCUAGUGUUUCAGUAUUAGGUGGAACAAAUUACAGUAGAAAUAAUAUGAUUAGCUUUUCUCCUUUUGCAUAAGUGGAAGUACAAAUUUCAGGUAUUUGCUGGGCAGAGCAAUUUUACCAUAUUUUAUCUGCCCUGAAUCUUCCAACAUUCAGCUUCAUUGGAUAUUCACAGGUUCUAGUGUUAGGCUUGAGGGAGAAAAGAUUUCCUUUAUCCACUUUCUCUCUGCCAUGCUUAAUUGUAUAAACUUCAAUCAUGUCACAUCUUCUUACCUUUUCCCUAAAAAAACCCCAAAUGCUGUAACCUUUCCUCAUAGGGGAGCUCUAACUUCUAGUUUUAAACAAAAUGCACACUUGUUUCCCUGAGUGGCGAGAAGUUCCAGGGAAACCACAUUUAGCUGGCUUUGAUUUUCUUUGGAAAAAAGUCUCAUUGGAGGCUUAAGGUAUUCCUGUAAUAUUUAAGUUUCUUAAAAAUAUAUAUAUACAGGAUGAGCUUAAGGCUCCUACAAACAGCAAAUUCCACUGUCCGACAUCAGAUGUUGAGAUAGGUAAAGGUAAAGGGUAAAUGGACGCCUGACCAUUGGGUCCAGUCGUGACCGACUCUGGGGUUGCGGCGCUCAUCUUGCUUUAUUGGCCGAGGGAGCCGGUGUACAGCUUCUGGGUCAUGUGGCCAGCAUGACUAAGCCGCUUCUGGCGAACCAGAGCAGCACACGGAAACGCCGUUUACCUUCCCGCUGGAGUGGUACCUAUUUAUCUACUUGCACUUUGACGUGCUUUCAAACUGCUAGGUGGGCAGGAGCAGGGGCCGAGCAACAGGAGCUCACCCCGUUGCGGGGAUUUGAACCGCCGACCUUCUGAUCGGCAUGUCCUAGGCUCUGUGGUUUAACCCACAGCGCCACACGCAUCCCAGUGUUGAGGUACAGUCCCUCAAAAGAGACUUUGCAGAUCACAAAGCUUAUAAUUUCACCUCUUCCCCCAGUCCUACAUAAAAAAUUCAGCUGCUGUUCCCUCUUUCUUGCUGGAGCAGGAUAGUAAGUGUAAGGCAUGUUCUCUAAUCAUCUUUUAGCUUUCUUGACUAUUUUCGUGCAAACUCCCCAACAACAGAAGUGUCUAGCAACUUUGCCUGCUGACCAUUGAGGAAAUUUAUGCAAUUGUUCUAGCCCUCAUUGCCGCCCUUUCUGUCAAAAUUCCUUUUGACCAAAUGACUAUUUUGGAAAAAUAUUGUUGCAUGCAUCUGAAUCACUGAGCUACGAAAGACUCCUGGGGUUCCGGCACUUACCCAGUAUUUUGUUUCCUUGGAAUAAAGGUCAAUUGAGACUCUGGUAUCUUUAUGGUUUUCUUAUAUGUGUUUUUAUUUACACAUAUAUACUACCUGAGAAUGAGGUGGAGGGGCUCACAGCUUUAACACUCCAGCAGAUCUUGCCUCCCCCUUAGGUUCCCAGGGAGAAGCCAUAGUUUUGGGUCCAGCACAGAGCAAUGCAGGCCUCUUCCAACUUUGGUCAAAACCCGAACACAUCCCCUGUUGGCCUAUUGUUCUCCAUGCUAGGGUGACCUGGCAUCCAGUAAAGUGAAGUGGAAAAUGGCCCACCCAUUCCUUUCUAAGAUGCUGUUGAUGGGUGCUUAGCUGAGUGGCUAUUACCAUAAUAAAGGAACUGGUUUAACUGGUUCACUGAGUUUCCUCCUACAGAUUCUAACCUAAUGGGUACAGGAUCAGAGGCCUGGAAGCCUGACCUCCCCACAAGGUUUUGCACUCCACCAUGUAGAGCUGCUACUCAAGAGAAAGCCAGAUUGUAUUAGAUUUUCAUAAGAGAUUAGAUUAUGGCAAAAGGGUAGUUUAAUUCUCUGCUUUGUUGAUUGUACUUUGCUUCUUUUUUCAUAUAGUGGCUUCCUUUCCAGUUCAUUGACCACAGGCAUUAACAAAUUAAGGGUGUGUUUGUUUUGUGGACUUCUUUUGUUCUUUGUUCUGGGUUAUGUUCUAUCUAUAGACUUGAAAUAGAGAAUAUUUUUAAAACAGUGGAUGUUUCAGAUUCUUUCUCUUUUGAAUCCCUUUUGUGUGUGCGCACAUGCAGAUUAGCAUUAAAAGGUGUGGCUGUCCUUGGGAACCUCAGCUUCUCAUAGCUGUGACCUUUUUAACACUGUGAUUUGAGGGAUUAAUUCAGACAGAUAUACUUUGUAUUUAGUUUCUACUUUACUGAUACCCACAUCUUACCUUCUUGCUUCAAUAUUUGAUCCAAAUUAAUUGGUGGACUGAGGCCCAAUAGGCAGUGCUGAAAGCUGAUUGGCUGAAAACUGGAACAUGGGGAAGAGUCCCAGGUCUCAAUUUCCCACUUUGUCUUCUGGAUGAAGAAGAUAGGUCUGAAGAGUCUCCUUGAUGCUGCCAUAAAGGCAGAGUUGACAAGGACUGUGUUUUUUCUCCCUGUUACCUUGGGAAUUAGUUUCCUCCUGAGGGCACAAGUAGGGCUGUGCAUAGCUGGUAAUAGGCCCAGAUCUGAUGGGAAAUGUGGGCCCCAUUUCAAUAAUCUUUACCAAAAGGUCCCCCUUUGCCUCUACCGGGGGACUUGGAGUAGGUCUCCUCAAAAUCAUAGGGCCAUGCCAAUUGGCCCACCUGCACAUGCACAGUACUGUAAAAUGUUUAUGCAACCACACCGUGGUGAAAGCAAGAGAUUUUACUUUCCCUUCCAAGGAUGCCAUUCGCAGCAAUGCUGUUCACUACUACCAUCAAGAGGUGUCUUCUCCCCACCUCGUAGACCAUAAUUAUUAAAUAUAAUAACAAUAGCAUUUUAUUUAUAUCCCGCCCUCCCCUGCCAAAGCCGUGCAGAAUAUACAAUCAAAUCAAGGACCAAUGAAACAAAACACAGAAUAAGCAAAAUAAAGUAACUUAGCUGGUAUAAAAUAAGCAGCGUGUUCCAAGCCACUUGGAGUUAUUAUGUAUCUUUUGUGUAUCCUUUGCUGCUGUUCUCUUUUGUGAUGCAUUUUAUCACCUUCAUCUAGCCUUUUGUUGAGAUUCUGCUGCUUAGAGAGCCCUUAUACUCUACUAUUGCUUUAAAUAGUACGUAGAAAUAAAUUUAUAGAGGAAUAAGGUACAAUUAGCCAUGGAUGGUUCAAAAUGACAUGUUUUCAAGGGGGAACCAUGACAGUCAUUAUUAUUUUGUUGCUCUGACAAAAUUCUGACUUGCUUUGUUCAUGGGCAUAUCCAAACCUAUCGCCUUCAAGACUAGCAGUUGACUUUGGCAGAUUUAUAUAUCCCGAAUUAGUGAUUCUUUGGGGGAACUUGGUAGAUUAAAAUGUAUCAUCUGUUCAUAUGUGAAAUGUUGCAUGCAGGUUUCUGUUCUUGUACAGUAUAGAAAUUUGGGAGACAAGAUAUGGAGGAACUGUAAUGCAAACAAUUAUUUUAUGUAUAUGUUUAACUCUAGAGCAAAGAAAGCAAAGAAUUCAAUAGACAAGUCAACAGAGACUGACAAUGGCUAUGUCUCGCUUGAUGGAAAAAAGACCGGUAAAAACAAUGAAGAUGUUUUACAAUCCCAGGAGCCGCAGUGUGAAGUUAUCAGAUCAGAAGAGACAUGCUGGAGCACAGGAGCUGUCAGAAAUUCAUUCAGUAAUACAAAUCAUCACAAAGUGAGUGUCUCAUUUCUUCUAGAAUAUUUUUAUAGUUCAGCAUCAAUAUUUUCAUAUUAUGAGAAUGCAAGAAUUCCCAUGCUGGGCUAAGAUGAAAAGGCCACUUCACCCAAUGCUUUUUCCCUCCCUACCUCUCUCGCAUGCAUUUUAGAUGAUCAGAUCUCAUAUGAAUAGGCUGAGGUAUAAACAAGUCUUUUGCUCGCAAACACAAUCCCUUUAUAGGAGUCAGCAAAAAACAACGAAAAAUUAUUGGUUAACAGCUUUGGAAUUAGCCAGGAUACUAAAUCAUAGGCUGAAGUUAGUCUAAAAUCCUGGCUUGCUGCAAACCUUUUAACUAUUAGGUCCACUUAGGGACAUUAAGGAAAAUAUUGUGGGAAAUAUAAGGGGGAUCUUUUAAGCACAGGCAGGAAACAUUAGCCAAGGAUUUUUGUCACACCCAAUUUCUUUGAUUUUUUACUUUUCCGGUCUAGGGUGCUGACUUUACACAGAACCUUUUGUGCACAGUAAAAGGCGCCCCACUGCAACACUAGAGUUGUGGUUUGUGAAAACACAGCCUUUUAAUCUUUGACCAUACAGGAUUUACCUCCAGUCUUAGACCUGUGAUGUUUAGCACUAAGUUCAGAGAAAAAAUAUCCCUCUCUCUGCUUUUUACAGAGGAUCUCUAAAGAACUGGUUAGGAAUUUCAUCUCCUGAUUGGAAGUGCUCAUUCUGCUCUUUAGAGAUUGCAACCCAGGCAGAGUACUUUACUUGCCAAUCAGAUUGGGAGAUAAGGAGAAUGGGCAGUUCCCACAACAUCGUGGGCCAGAUGUCCCUGCUAGCCCAUAGCGAACUCUUUGCUAUACAAGCUUGUCUCUUCAGAAAGUCUUAAGUCCCUUGACUUCAGGGGGACUUAAGUCUUCAAGGGGCUUGAUUGACCUCUCUUCAGACAGUGCCUUGUGAAACUGCAGAACAUGCAACACAAUAUGUUGUAAUGGCUACCAACUUGGAUGGUUUUAAGAGGAGUUUGUACAAAUUCAUGUACAGCAGUGCAAUGCAAUGUAUUGUUGGCAUAUCUCCCUGGCUUCAUUUCGCAGUAAAAUACUGGUUUACAAUCCCAGCAGUGUUAGCAACCUCCUUACUUUUAAAUUCUUACAACCUACUUACUCAUGAAGAUACCGGGUGGCAUUCAACUAAGUUUUACUAAGAGGAGACUCACAGAAAUUAAUGAACAUCAAUUUAAUGAACAAAGUCCUAACACUUUGCUGGUUCUGGGAAUUAUAGUGGUCUGGAAUUUCCUGGAAUUAGAAGCCUUUGAUUAAAUUCCAGUACUUUUUGGUUCCAGGAAUUUAGAAAUGUCUAGCACCCACAAGCUCAUAACAAUACAGAAAGAUAUUUGUUAGGUUGGCUAAUUACAUGCUCUGAAUUUUUGCCUGCAAUUCUUCAGUAAGCAGUGUGCAGAUCACCUUGUUGCAUAGUAACAGUACUAUGGUGAUGGUGGAGGAAAUAUUGCUUAUGUCUGAUUUUACGAUUAUAAAAAUGUAUGGAGAAUAAUUGUAAUGUAUGCAAAGUGGAAUUAUGUUACAUUUGAAGUAAAAAAAUAGUUUUUACUAACAGCCAAUUCUUAAUUGAUCUAGGAUAAUCACAGAACAGUGACAAAUGUAUCUGAUGAAGUUUCAAGCGAAGAGGGACCAGAAGCAGGAUAUCCCUUGCGCCGUAAUGCAGAACGUGCUUCCAGUGACUGCACAUUUCGGAAUAGGAAAUCCCAUCAUUAUAAGAAACAUUACCCUGUGGAGGUAUGCUCUUGCAAUGAUCUCAAACAAACUUUCAUGAAAGCAGUAAGAUACAUAAUUGGAAAACUAUGUUCCCUCUAUAACAGCUUCCCUGUUUAGUGAGUUCAUAUUCUUAAGGGGGGGGCCCUCAGCCCAGUGGGUGACUCUCAGGGUAGGGCUAUUCAGUGUCAGCUCUUUCUUUUUGUCGGGUGGUUGUAGUACAAGAAUGUGUACGGCUGUUCUACACUGGUGUAGAAGCCAUAGCAUGAGUUGUGUUAACCCCAACGACAACCACCACCACCAAGGGGGAACAAGGACAGAGCUAAGUGGCAAUAUUAGAGCAAGGAAUAAGAUGUCCCAUUGGGCUAACAAACCCAGUGCUUUGUUAUGUUUGUUAGAGUUUGUAAUAAAGCUAUAAAGCUAGAAAAUUAUCAGAAGACAUACUAUUUUAGAAAUAUAAACAUCACUAAUUCUAAAUACCAAAUGUCUGUUUUUGCAUGGCAAAAAGGCUUUAUUUUUACAAAAGGGCCUCUAGGUAUGUUUUUGAUUUUUAAUUCAAGUUGGCUAUCAACUGAAUGUUUAAAACAGACUAAUGUUUGGCAUUAAAUGAGUAUGAAGGGGUUAUGAUGGCCUGGGGUCCCAGUGGAAUAACAAGCAGACACAGGCUUUGAUUGAAAACUAUUCCUUUAUUGGCACAACUGUACCAAAAGAGAGUCUCCUGAAAAAUCAAAGGGAGACUGCAACACGGCACAAAUAAGCACAACUUAAACAUUUUUGUGAUACACACGUGAUUACUAUUAACCUAUCAUAGGCAUACAGUAAGACAUCCUAUAGCAGUUACAACCUACUUCAUCAAAUCUAAGCCAAUCAGAAAUCUUUUAACUCCUCUGAAUAGACCUCCCCAACUCUCUGAUUUUAAUAAUACAUGAUUAAAUAUAAUUAUUCUUAAAUGUCCUUCUUUAUUAACUUCUGAUUAUCUUAUUCACUUGCUGUCUACCUUGUUAAUUCCAUUUUUUUAUUCAGCAAACUGUGAUUAAGUGAAAUUGUUCUACCUAGCUGAUUUAUUGCAUUCCUUUAGCAUACCAGAGUAUUGGUUGUUAUGGUUGUUAUCCUUGCAUUCUUCCAGCAUACCAGACUACUGGUUCCAAUAAAUAUUGUGUACAGACAUUUUUUUCUUCUGUUGGAAAGGGUUUAGCUAAAGUUCCCGCUCCCAUGCCAAGCUACAAAAUGGAUCCAAACAGGAAUCUGGAAUAAGAAGCAAAUGCAGUUUUAGGGAAAAAAUGAGUUUAUUAUUGAAACAAGGAAAAAAAACAUGUUCUCUUUCAAAUAUGCAAUGUCUAUCUUUCAGGAUAUCCCUAAAUCAGGCACUAGUUGCAGUUCACGAUGUUCAAGUUCCAGACAAGAUUCUGAGAGUACAAGACCAGAGUCUGAGACAGAAGAUGUGUUGUGGGAAGACCUUUUGCAUUGUGCAGAGUGCCGCUCCUCUUGCACCAGUGAGACAGAUGUGGAAAACUCUCAAGUUAACACAUGUAUAAAGAAAGAGUACAGAGAUGACCCAUUUCACCAGGUUAGUGGGAAAAGACCACAUUGCGUAUCCUGCCAAAUCUAUCGUGAGUUAGAAUUGUGGCAGAAAAAGAGGUAAACUGAACAAAAUAUAGUUACCGUAUUUUUUGCUCCAUAAGACUCACUUUUUCCCUCCUAAAAAGUAAGGGGAAAUGUGUGUGCGUCUUAUGGAGCGAAUGCAGGCAGGCUGCGCAGCUAUCCCAGAAGCCAGAACAGCAAGAGGGAUUGCUCCUUUCACUGCGCAGCGAUCCCGCUUGCUGUUCUGGCUUCUGAGAUUCAGAAUAUUUUUUUUCUUGUUUUCCUCCUCCAAAAACUAGUCUUGUGGUCUGGUGCGUCUUAUAGAGUGAAUAAUACGGUAUUUGCAAAUAGGAAUUUUUGGUAAUGAAAUACUUUUUUGUAAUGGUAAAUUAGUGCUUAGUGUACAUUGUCCAAGGGACGCGGGUGGCGCUGUGGGUUAAACCACAGAGCCUAGGACUUGCUGAUCAGAAGGUCGGCGGUUCAAAUCCCCGUGACGGGGUGAGCUCCCGUUGCUCGAUCCCUGCUCCUGCAGACCUAGCAGUUUGAAAGCAUGUCAAAGUGCAAGUAGAUAAGUAGGUACCACUCUGGCGGGAAGGUAAACAGUGUUUCUGUGCACUGCUCUGGUUUGCCAGAAGCGGCUUAGUCAUGCUGGCCACAUGACCUGGAAGCUGUACGCCGGCUCCCUCAGCCAAUAAAGCGAGAUGAGCGCCGCAACCCCAGAGUCGUCUGCGACUGGACCUAAUGUUCAGGGGUCCAUUUACCUUUACCUUUAUACAAUGUCCAGAAUAACACCUUCUUUUUUUCUUUUUACACAGAGUCACCUGCCCUGGUUUCAUAGUUCUAACCCUGGGCUCGAAAAAGUAAGCGCAAUUGUUUGGGAAGGUAAUGACUGCAAAAAGGCUGAUAUGUCGGUGCUUGAGAUCAGUGGCAUGAUAAUGAACAGAGUGAGUAUCUAUUUGAAAUAUUUUACUUGGCUUUACCCAAGUUAGAGAUACUUCUGUUUCCCUGGUACAGGGAUGUCUGUACCAUGUUGCAGUUCUGUAGGUUUCAAUUUGUUUUGUAUUCAGUCAUAAAAGUGGACACGAUCUUUUCCUUUUAGCCACAAGCGGGGCAGACCUGCCUAGAGUUUGCCUCACUUCCUUUGCCCUGUGUGCAGAUUACACAGAGCAGCUGACCGCUAGUAGUCCAUAUAAUAAAUAAAUAAAAGAUCCACAAUUUAUUGGCAGAAUAAAAAUUGAGUAGGUUUAAUUAGUUCACCCUGUAAAACUAGAACACCACUACACAUGAGCAUGAAAGGCUGGCUAACCUGAACAACUUUUUUUUCAAAGUUUCAGAAAUAUUAGGUUGGAUUCAAAAAACUAAUUGUGCAAGCAGGAGCAUUUCCUUGAUUUUUGCUAAUUAUCCCCUUCCCUUCUCCAUAUCCCAUACUGUUCCCAUGGGUUUCCCUUUUGGGGAACAGCAGGGAUCUACAGUGAGUAGGAGGCAAGAAAACAGGACUUUCCCUCCUUGGAGGUUUCUAAGCAGAGGUUUGAUGGUCAUCUGCCAUGGAUACUUUAGUUUAGAUUCCUACAUUGCAGGAAUUUGGACUAGAUGACUCUUGAGGUUCUUUCAAAUUCUACAAUUCUGUAUUUCUAUUCUAUGAAAACUGAAUUGCAUGAGUGGAAUUUUGCUUGAGAGUCUUAGAAUGCAACUUGUUAUCAUUUUUUAUCCUUUGGCCCUUCAUCACCUAUAUGUAUAGGUCAGGGGUCUGCAACCUUUAAGACAAAAAGAGCCACUUGGACCCGUUUCCGAAGAAAAAACAACUGGGAGCUGCAAAACCAUUGCGACAUUUAAAACAAAUAUAUCUCCGGAGCCGCGAUCUGACAGCGGGCGAGAAGGUGACGUCGGGACGGUGCAUGACUAACGCACGCACUGCCCCCAUGCGACGUCACAGCCAGUACAGCGCCCGCCACAGUGAGGAGUGUCGGGGCGCACAAUGCGCCUCCUCCCCUCGCUAGUAUCCGCCCUGGAGCCGCGGCAAAGGUGUAAAAGAGCCACAUGCGACUCCGGAGCCGCGGGUUGCAGACCCCUGGUAUAGGUCCUAGGAAUUGUCCCUUUUAUGUAUAGGUCCAAAGUAUGUAUAAUUGUCCUUUUUAUGUAUAGGUCCUAGGAAUUGACCUUUCAACUCUGUCUUAACAAACUUGAAAAUCGUUCUGGUAUAUUACAUAUUUUAAGCGUAUUUUGCAAACAAUCACUUUUAUGGAAGAGUACUAAACAGUAUUUCUUAACAUGCUACUUUAUAUUAUACUGCUGGGGUUUUGUUGUUUAUAGUAUUUUAAUAAUAUAGUUGGCGGGGUAUAAAUAAGAAAUUGUUGUUGUUGUUGUUGUUGUUGUGUUGAGUUUUAAAAAUAUAUAUUUCUCUCAUCUUUAGGUAAACAGCUAUGUACCAGGAAUAGGAUAUCAGAUUUUUGGAAAUGUUGUCUCUCUAAUCCUGGGUUUAACACCGUUUGUAUUUCGAAUUUCCCAAGCUAAGGAUCUGGAGCAUUUAACUACACAUUCUGCUGCUGAACUUUAUACUAUUGCAUUUGGGUCAAAUGGAGACAUAAUGGUUCUUUCCAUGGUUAUAGUAUGCUUCAUAGUUCGUGUUUCCCUUGUAUGGAUAUUCUUCUUUUUAUUAUGUGUGGCCGAGAGAACCUACAAACAGGUAGGCAUUUGCAGCAAACUCCUCAUUCACAUGAAGAAAGAAACUGCAAUGUAUUAUUAUGUUUUGCUUUUUGGCAUAUAUGUUUUUGAUAUAGAACACAGUUUUAGAUAUUUAUUAUCUUACUAUUUUAAGAUUUGCAUCCUCUCCUUCAAAAAAAUUAUAGAAUUAAAAAUUAAAAGGAAAAUAAAAUAGAAUUAAAAGGAAAAUAAAAAUUAUUAUUUUCCUAUUAUUUAUGAUUUAUACCUGAGAAUUAAUAUAUAAAGUAUGGAAAUUUCCAACCUUAAUUUGACCACAAUAUUAAAGUAUGGACAGUAUGUAAAGUAUCUAAAGUUAUAACGUCUUUACAAUGGUUUAAAAAUCUGUAUUGGUAUUCCAAAUGCAUUUCAGUUCUUAAUUCACUAAACGUAACUUAUCGCUUACAGAGGCUACUUUUUGCCAAACUCUUUGGCCACCUAACAUCUGCAAGAAGGGCACGGAAGUCUGAGGUUCCUCACUUUCGACUAAAGAAGGUGCAGAAUAUUAAAAUGUGGCUUUCCCUCCGCUCCUAUCUAAAGGUUUGUUGGCCCUUAUUUUUUGUUUGCCAUAUAUGCUUUUAAACCAGAUGUGUGUUAUACUGACAGUACUUAAUACUGAGCAUUGCCCUCUUCUGAAUUUUUGCAUUUCUCCUGAGCUUUGUAGUACAGGUAAGUAAGUAUUUCUCAUUGUGAAAAUCAAGAGGUGAGCAACUGAGAUCUCCUGCCAGUCUUAGUUUUAUCAGGUCACAUUUUUAUAAGGCCAAACUUUCUUGAUUCUGGUUGGGCAGAGUGGUUUUAAAACAACACAGUUUGGCAUAAUAAUUUCAUUUUUGCAGUCUAAAAUAUUGUGGAAAGAAGCCUCAUUUAUAAAGAAGAAACCUUAGGGUAAUGCCUUUUAGUUGUUUUAUAAAUUGGCUGACUCUUUGCCUUAGUUAAGGAAGAAAUAAAAAGGAAGGUUGUUUUCUUGAUGGACUUUAAAAAGCACAGGACUAAAAAUGUAACUAUUAAUAACACUUCUGACAGAUGUUUCUGGGAAAUUGUGUUAUUUUAGUCCCCAUAUGUCACCAUUACAUUUCCAACAGUGUAGAGAAUGUUUCUGCGUUAGUGUCACAGGCAUCUGUUAAAUGCUGCUGUGAUGCCGUAUCUGAUGCUGAAUGUUACAAGACCCUUCCUCAUACUGUGCUGCAUUUUCUCUCCCGCCUCCCCACACACUGUGUUGCUUUUGAUUGUUUCCCCCCCUUCGGGGUCAGUUUGGUUGCUCUCUGGAGCAUUGGAGCACAUACUUUACAUUUCAAGAAUAGUGUCUCCCUCUUCCAUGUGUGGGGGAAAUACUCUUUGCAGUGGCUAAUGCUGGUACUAUUACAUUUCUAGCCAUUUGCAGAGCUUCCACUGUGGGAGGAGAUCUUUCAUCCGAGAGUCAAUUAUACUGGAAGUGUGUUAUGAAUAUAUUAUUUAAAUAAAGUUUUCCCUCCACUCAAUGUUCCCAUAUAUGUAGAUGGUACAUUUUUGUUUUUACCUCUGUAGAUUUUUCUACAGAACUUUAAGGGCUUCUCAAAGUUUCCCGCACAAUUUCAAAGAGAGACAGGUUUGGUGGAACUUGGUUUCCCUUUUUUCCCAUAUCAAUGGCAGGCAACACUUCUUCUCCUGCUAUUCAAGGGUCACUGGAGGGGAUAUAUUGCAGCUCCACAAUAGAUGUAGUGUCAUCUUAUCCAUCUCAGUAUGAUCAUCAGCGGCUGGCUUGUUCUUCCAUGAUAAUGAAUGUUUUGCUAUCUCAAAACAAUGAAAAAAUACCCAAAAAAGUUUACUACACAAAAUAUUUGUUAAUCGUAGAAGUGUUGAUCACUUUGAACCACAUAACUAAGUUGAGAUAUGAUUGAGUCUUUUGACCACAUGAGCAGUGAUCUGGGUCCUCCCUUUGCGCAAGCUGGCAGACAAAUAAGGAGGAAAAUAUUCUGUUAACAAUAGUUUUUCCUUUUGUGUGAGCUAGGAAACUCUGAUUAACAAGUUCAGAACAAGUAAUAUAUUAAAUCAUGAAGUAGGCUUUAUGUCUUUACUUGUUCAAAAGCUGUUAACCAUGGAUUACCAAUUUCGAUGAAACAGGAAACUUUAGUUAAUGAAAGGUUUCUAGGUUUGAGUAAAGGGGUUUCAUGAAAGGGUGUUCAUACAUUGAUUUAUUAAGCUGAUAUAUAAUCAUACAAACUUUCCCAUUGCCUCAUCUUGCAUCAAAGCAGUGGUAUUAUAUAAUAAUCAUAGCAGGACACCGUAAUGUUGUUCAACUACCCCUUGUCCCCUGUGUGGCUAAACACAUUGUUCAUGCCUCCAGUUUUGUUCUUGUUGAGUGUGUUAAAGAAAAAAGACCAUUUUGUAGUUAAUUUAGCUGUCUUACAAUCCAGCAGAGGGAGCUAAAAGGCCUAAAAGUAGGGGGUUACUCACCUGGAAGAACUUAGCAGUGAAACCUAAAGCUGAGGAGUCCUACCAUUCCAGGUUAGCAUAGCAGUUCAUUGUCCCUCCUCUAAUUCGAAAACUCUUGUUUGGCAUUUUCAAGUCUAGGUCUUACUGUCUUUCUAAGCAACUGAUAUUUCAUAUGUCUACACCCCAUGCACAAGGCAGGGAAUCCUACAGUAAGCUAAUUUCUCUUAUGUCCUGCUGUCCCCAGUCUUAGAAAUAGUGUUUUUUCUGUGUCCUGCUUGUAUGCUGCUUAACUUUCAGAGAGAAUUGUAUGCAUUGCAUUACUGUAGGUGACUUGUAAGCUUGAUAGCAGAGAUCUUUUUAUGUCCCGUCCCCCCACACACAUUACUUGUAGGAGGUGGAUUGCAGCACAUGGUAAUUGGAGAAUGGCUUUUCAAGAGAUUGUGGUGAUGCAACUGAAAUUCAGACUCUUGUGAUCAAGACAAUAUCAUUUCAUGGCACAAAGCUGUCUUAUUAGAACAAUUUUUUCCCCAGCCACAAUUUCUCCCUUGUCAUUAUUAAUAAGCAUGCUUAACACCAUACUCCUUUAAACCAUAGGAAGAAAGUAUUUGAUAUUUUGCAUUUAAAACUUGUCAUUUAAUUGCAUGAUCAGUCUAUAGACAUGUCACCCCAUUUACCAGGUUUCUAUGGUUAAUCCCUCCAGAGAAUUACUCACUAAGUUUCCCUUUUAUUUUCAGCGUCGAGGUCCUCAACGGUCAGUUGAUGUAAUAGUCUCAUCUGCUUUUUUGUUGACUAUUUCGGCUGUAUUUAUCUGCUGUGCACAGGUAAGGAAAACCUGACAAGAACUGAUUUACUUACCGGUAAUUUAAAAACCUUGUGGUAAAAUAACUUAUCUAACCAGAAAAUAUGCGUACACACUCUGCCUGUGUGGGUGGGUCUAAAGAUUUGCAGGACGCCUGAAUGUUGAUCAACUGUUUGCCUCCUAUCUGUACUUAAAACAACAACAACUGAUCUGUUCCAGUCUUUCUGUGAUUGGAUUAUGAGCCCAAUCAAAGCUCUGUGUUCCACAUUUGCAUUUAGGGGGUACUAAAAACUGCUGUAUUCCCCCCUUUUUGGCAGAAGCAGAUUAAAUCUUCAGGCACAGGAGCUCUCCAAAGUGGAUUAAGCCUGCUAAUUUGCACACAAAUAGGUCCAGGGGUUUUGGUGAGCAAAGGAAAGAAAUAUUCAUUUCCUUCCCUAAUCCAUAUUAAAGCAAAUAGCUUUAUUAGGCCAACUAAAACUCCAAAAUCUAUACUGGUUUCAUAUUCUUGAGUAGCGGUGGUGGGGGGUUGUCUUGUACUUUCUUACCUUAAUAUAAGAUGUGACUGACUGUUCAUUAUGAUGUUGGUUGGCAACUUCCUAGGGUCUCCCUUUCAGCACCCAUCAAGUGAUUGGUGCUGCAUUUUCAAAGGAACUCCUCUCAGUGCUAAUAAGCUGAUGGAUGCUGAGAGAGAGCCCCUGUUUACAACUGAUAGUAUGCUUUCAAAGGGACAUGGCCAAAUUAGGAUCACUGCUUGAACUAAUUAGACACACAAGCCAGAGAUUCCCCACUACUGCAUUACAAGGUGAAUCCAUCCUGAUCACUGUCUGUGGAGUGCUGAAGAAUUCAGGAGGAUUUUUUCCACAAGCAGCAUAGGGCACAAUUUUUUAAGAAGUUAAAAUAAGCUUUUAACUAAAAUAAUAAUCCUCUGCUGCUUUGCUUUAAUCAAAAAAGUCCUCCAGUUCUUCAAAGGCACCAUUUAGACAGUCUUACUUCUUGCAAAACCCAUGGAACUAGAGUUCAGAAAAAUAGAUAAAUUGUAUAUUGAAAGGUAAAAGGAUGUAGAGAAUAGAGAAAAACAAAACCAGGCUUUGUGGGGGCCCUGAUCUGAUUCCAGCUGCUUUGUUGAUUUGUGAUUUGACUCAGGAAGCGCAGAGCAGCUGCACACCCUGGUACGCAGACAUGCCUGCAUGAACAGUACAGUUCUAAGACCAAUGAAGAUCAAUCAAAUGAUAUUUAAUUAGCUCUGUUUUAACCAGAGUGAACAGGGCAUCAGGUUCUCCUCUGCAAACACACUGAAACAAAUGGAGGUUGCCCUAGACAAUGUUGUAAUUUUACACAGCUCCAUUGAAUUCAGUGAGACUUACACAAAAGAAAUUAUGCAUUGUACCCUUAGACUUUAACAACAUUGUAAAAGUAUCUACAUUGUAUGAUAACUUGAUUCUCUGUGAAGUCUAGAUAAAUUUGAAUGUGUUUCCUACUUUGAGUUUGUUUUAUUUAUUUUCCCUUUCAGCUACUUCAUGUACAUGAGAUCUUCCUUGAUUGCCAUUACAAUUGGGAACUAGUGAUAUGGUGCAUUUCAUUAACUCUCUUUCUUUUAAGAUUUGUUACACUUGGGUCUGAAACAAGUAAAAAAUACAGCAAUACCUCAAUAUUACUUACUGAACAGGUGAGAACUCGCUUGGUAAGAGUGAUGAAUGCAUCUCAACAUGCAGUGAUGUCUGGCACUGUGUCUUGUUUCUUUUCAAGACGAGUGAACGAAAAAUGUCUUGCUAGUACAGUGGUACCUCGCAAGACGAAUGCCUCGCAAGACAAAAAACUCGCUAGACGAAAGGGUUUUUGGUUUUUUGAGCUGCUUCGCAAGACGAUUUUCCCUAUGGGCUUGCUUCGCAAGACGGAAACGUCUUGCAAGUUUGUUUCCUUUCUUAACACCGUUAAUACAGUUGCGACUUGACUUCGAGGAGCAACUCAUAGAACGCGGUGUGGUAGCCUUUUUGAGGUUUUUAAAGACUUUGGUGAUUUUUGAAGCUUUUCCAAAACUUUCCCGACACCGUGCUUCGCAAGACGAAAAAAAUCGCAAGACGACAAAACUCGCGGAACGAAUUAAUUUCGUCUUGCGAGGCACCACUGUAUAGAGUAGGCAUGAGAUAUUUUAGAUUACUUAUUGUUGUUUUAUCAUGCAUUUAAAGAUUAGUUGACUUGAAGUCUAUAUAAACAAUAAUGCUAUUACACUAUAUACAUAUUGCUUUCAGUUCACGUGACACAGGUCCACAAAUCAGCAGAUUUACUCUUCAGAGUAUGCUGCCGAGGAACACCAGAGAUUCAGAUAUGUUUGACUAUUUGAAUAACACAUGGACUUGAGUUUCUAACAAUACAUAUUGUGGUAGUACCUACAACCAUUUUGUAAAAUGGAAAACUUGGUCCCAUUGCUUCAUCAGCUUUUAAAGUACAGUGGAACCUCGGGUUACGUACCGUCCUCCUUACGAAUGCUUCGGGUAACGAGCUCUGUUAACCUGGGAGUAGAUGCUCCUAGUUGCAAACUUUGCCCUGGGAUGCAAGCAGAAGUCGCACGCUGGCAGCAUGGCAGUAGCGGGAGGCCCCAUUAGCGAAAGCGCACCUCAGGUUAAGAACGGUUUCGGCUUAAGAACAGACCUCUGGAAUGAAUUAAGUUUGUAACCGGAGGUAGCGCUGUAAAUGAAAGUACUAAACCAGGAAUUCUGUGUUUGUGCACUCUUUCAUAAAUAUGGUGGCUGUAGUGCAAUACAGGUGCUGAUGAGUUAGCCUUUAAACCACUCGGAGCAAGGCUCAAUUUAUAAAGUAAGCAAACCAGCUUCUACAACCUGAGCCUGUGUUCAUCUCCAGAGGCCCUCUAGGUUCCCUACUAUCUUGAGUUUAGGUGAGUUGUGACCUGCAAUAGGGUCUUCUCAGCUGUGACAUCCUGUGGUUUCAAUGCCUUCCCAGAGCAGGUGGCCUGGCAACAACUUUGAUAUUUUUUUGACUUUGACAGCACAUUGUGUAGCUUGUUUUAACUGAUAUUUUUACUGUUCUAUUCAAUUUUGCUCGCUGUGGCUUUCUUGUUUCCAUUUGGUUAAAAACAAUAAUGAUGAUACGCUUUCCUGGGAACCUUACGCUGAAGUGUAGUUACGGAUUUUCUAAAUAAAUUUUAGUUAGCUGAUAGUGAGAAAGAAACUUCAGAGUUUUAGAAGCGUACUGGCAAUUGGGCAGUGAAUUCUUUUUAUAAAAUUCAACCUAUUUUUGGUUAGAUCAAUUUGUACUUGAAAAUGGAAAAGAAGCCGAACAAGAAAGAAGAACUGACAUUAGUGAACAAUGUUUUGAAACUUGCUACAAAAUUACUCAAGGUAAGAAUAAACAUGGAAUAUAAGCAUACUUACGUAAAAAUAAAUGCUCCUUAAUAAGAUAUGGCUAUACUGUUGUCCAUGAUUAGUUUGAGGCCUAUUCGUAGUUCUCACUUUCCCUAAAAACAGAUGUAUCAGUUCUUUUUGAAUUGUAUACAGCUAUGUUUGCAGUGCACUGGUUGUUUACUUGCUUAGCAUAUAUGUGCAUAGCCCCACGGUUCCAAACUUCAAGUGUCUCAGCAGUGUCUUAUGAAAGUCAUUGCAGCUAUAGCAUUUAGAGGUGGGGGGGGGGAGAUGUUCAGGCAAGGACUACUGCUCCUAAAGCAUCAACCUAGUAAGCCACUAAUGUGGCAUCUCCUCCAGCUAAGUGAAAAUUCACAGGCCUCCACUUGUAAAUUGCAAUUAAUCCAGAAUGCGGCAGCUAGACUGGUGACUGGGAGCGGCUGCCGGGACCACAUAGCACCGGUCCUGAGAGAUCUGCAUUGGCUCCCAGUAUGUUUUCGAGCACAAUUCAAAGUGUUGGUGCUGACCUUGAAAGCCCUAAACCGCCUCGAUCCUGUAUACCUGAAUGAGUGUCUCCACCCCACUGAGGUCCAGCGCCGAGGGCCUUCUGGCGGUUCCCUCCCUGCGAGAAGCCAAGUUACAGGGAACCAAACAGAGGGCCUUCUUGGUAGUAGCGCCCACCCUGUGGAAUGCCCUCCCAUCAGAUGUCAAGGAAAUAAGCAGCUGUCUUUAUUUUUAAAAGACAUCUGAAGGCAGCCCUAUUUAGGGAAGUUUUUAAUAUUUAAUGCUGCAUUGUUUUUAACACUCAAUUGGGAGCCGCCCAGGGUGGCUGGGGAAACUCAGCCAGAUGGGCAGGGUAAUAAUAAUAAUAAUAAUAAUAAUAAUAAUAAUAAUAAAAUAAUAUAUAUAUUUCUCAUUCCUAGGAACUGGACAGCCCCUUCAGGUUAUACGGAUUGACAAUGAAUCCUCUGCUUUAUAACAUCACUCAAGUUGUCAUUCUGUCUGCUGUUUCUGGUGUUAUUAGUGACUUGCUUGGAUUUAAUCUAAAGGUAUUAAAUGUUUUCCCCUAUUUCUGCCUUAAUUAGUAAUUUUGGCUGGUGUUUUUUUAAAAAAAGAAAUCCAUUGUUUAAUGUAAUUGAUUCAUUCCUAUCAAAAGUACUGGUUUUCUCUUUGAGUCAGUUGUGUUAUAUAAAACAGGCAAACAUAUUACACGUUUUGGGAAUUUCUUAAAUAUUUGCAUUCGUGUAUUUGCCUGAAAACCAGAAUAAUUAUUCUGGAAUACUGUUAUGACAUCAUGAUUUGGGGUACUUCAUUGGUUCACUGCUAAGUACACUGCACAAUGAAUAUUUAUUUGCAGCUCAAGGCAUAUUAAAAUGAAGCCACACAGUGCAGUGUUUUAAUGGUGACUUAACUAAAAUAGCAAUUGCUAAAAAGAGCAAAUGUCAUUGUUUCUGCUGGUUUGUGGAAUCAUUGCAUCAGCCUAUUUUCAAUUUUGUUUUUUUUUUAAAAUUAAAUGUAAUCUUUCCUUGGGGCAACCCAUCAAAAACCCUCUACAAUAGAGCAUUCCAUGUUCAUAAUGACAUGAGUUGCUUCAGAUUUUUCUACAAUGGCAUACUAUUGUGUACAGUUGAGGGAAGGAGCAUUCAUCAGUGGCAGAGCACAUGCUUUUUAGGUAGGUGAUCUUCCUUGAAAGGAAAUGGAUAGCACAGAUGGGAAAGACCAGCUUAAGGACCUAGACCAGGUGUGGAGAACCCCUGUUCUCCCUCCCCCCAGUUCUUGAGGGAAGGAGAAGGCAACUUGCUUUGGCGAUGUGUGCUUCAAGAGCAGCAGUGGGCAAAAGAGCUGGUUUCUCCCUCCCAUCAGCCCCCUGCUCUCCUUUUCAACCUCUGCUUUGCCCCACUUGCCUUGCUUCGGGGAUGGUGAAAGGUGAUUCUGGUAUAUGAGAAAGCUGACAAUCCCCCACAUUAGCUGUGCUAAGAUUGAGCUUUGAAGCCCUGGCUUUGAGACUUCAAAGCAUGACAUCAUUUGUGUCAAAUUUGACUUGCAGUGCAGAUGGUGGUAAGGAUCUGAUGCACAGAGCCUAAAAGGUUGCCUUACACAGAGAGCUACUACCAAUCAUAGUAGGCAAUAGUAGGGUAGAUGAUCAAUGCUCUGACUCAAUAUAAGAUAGCUGUGUGUGUGUGUGUCUGUGUGUGUGUGUGUGUCAGAUAUACCGUAUUUUGUGGUUGAUUACCUUUUGACAUUUUUUAGCUGUAGCUUUCUUCCACAUGUUAGCAGAUCGCUUAAAUACUGAGAGCCAGUGUGGGUGUAGGUGUUUAGAGUAUUGGACUAGGACUUGGAAGACCAGAGGUUGAAUCCACACUGGGUGACCUUGAACCAGUCACUGUCUCACAGCCUAACCUACCUCACAGGGUUGUUGUGAAAUUCAAAUUGGGGGAGAGGUGAAUCGUGCACACACCCUUGUGUUCCUUGGAGGAAAAGCUAGUAUAUAAACAUAAUAAACACACACACACACACACACACACACACACACACAAUCUUAUUGACAAGCUAAGCACAGCAUAAAACCAAAACCUGCAGUUGAUCUUAUUUCUAAAUAUGUUUUCUGCUGCUUUAAUCUUCAGCUCUGGAAGAUCAAAUCCUGA